AUGGAGGCUCCUAGUCUGACAUUUUUCCAUUUCCAUUCCAUUAUCCCAUUUCAGGCAAUGAUUUCUGUGCCUUGAAUAAUGAGCUCAUUUUGACUCAAGGUUAUCAUCAGAUGUAGCAAUGUUUCAUUCCUAGUAUGAUUUUGAUACAACAACCAUAUGCUGAAAAUUAAAUGGGACUUAGUUGUUCUUAUCAUUAUAGCUGGAUAGUUUCAUAGAUGGGUUCAAUCUAUUGGUGGUGCAUAGGCGCUAAACCACCAUUGUAAAAAAUCAAUUAAUUAUAAUAAUCAAAGGGUGGCAAUUGGGUUGAUGGGAGGGUGACAUUAAACUUGUUUGUGUGUGUGUGUGUGUUCGACGGCUUCACUGGUCAGUCUAAACCUCAGUGCAGGAGAAGGAGACGAUGUGAGGAAGCAACUGUAGACUAUUGAGACACAGCCUUUGACUCCACUUUGGCUAUGUCUAUAGAUAAUAACCCACAUGGGAAGUGCUGUAUGUGCAUUAUGGCUGCAGUUAGUUCUUCUGUGAUGAUGGCUCCAGUUGUCCUGCUCUGAGGGAAACAUAUUAGACCCUAAAAUGUAUAUCUGGACCUCGAAGCCAGUUCCAUUGCUUUUUAUAAUUCUUCCCCUCUAAAAGGGGACAUAUUUACACCUGGGACACCAGGUGGAGGCAAUUAAUUAUCAGGUAGAACAGAAAACCAGGAGUACUCUGGACCUCAUAGGGUAAGAUUGGGAUGACCUCGUAAUAGACACUCCCAGUCUACAACCACAUCCGAUUUUAAGCACUAGCCAGGGUUCUUCAAUUCCGGUCCUGGAGGGCCGAAACACGUCUGUUUUUUAUUUCUACCUGGUAGUUAAUUGCACUCACCUGGUGUCCCAGGUCUGAAUUAGCCCCUGAUUAGAAGGAGAGGAUGAAAAACAGAGGUGUUUCGGCCUUCCAGGACCGGAAUUGAAGAACCCUGCACUAGACUAACCCUUAACCUUAACCAGUAACCAAACAUUUACCCAAACCCUUCCCCCUAUUUAUUCUGAGUUGUAGUCCCCUGUAGCUCAGUUGGUAGAGCAUGGCGCUUGCAACGCCAGGGUUGUGGGUUCGUUUCCCACGGGGGGCCAGUAUGAAAAUGUAUGCCCUCACUAACUGUAAGUCGCUCUGGAUAAGAGUAUCUGCUAAAUGACUAAAAUGUAAAAUGUUGUAGUGAGAUUUGUUAAAAUGUUCAUUUGUGAUUCUUGUUCCUUUGGCUUUUUGUCUGUCCCAGGUGUUUUGGCUCUCUCCAGUAGAAGUUACCCGUAGGCACAUAUCUAAGAUCAGCUUACCUUCCCUAAAGCUUUCCCCAACUUUAGAGGACAAAACUCUAAACUGACCUUAGAUCAGUCUCUAGUUUCAUCCUUUGUAGCUGGAUUAUUAUGGGUUAUUAUUAUGGGGUGUCAUUGCAGUGUUUUGACACCCCUGUGAGAGUGCUUGGCAACCAGCAGAGCUGUGCCCUGUUAUCACUGCAGGCAACAAAGCUCUGAUUGACAGCUGAGCUCAGGUUGAGUCGUGUGUGUGCAUCUGUGUGUGUGCAUCUCUGUAGGUCUGUUUGUGUGUGAGUGUGCAUGCAUGCGCAUUGGAGCUGGAGUAGACUCAAGCCUUCUCACUCUACAGUUCUCUCUUCAAUCAUCUCUGUAAUCAAAAAGCUCUCAAUGCAGAAUUAGACGUUAAUCUACAUUCUCCAAACAUCAUAUUUCGAAGUUGCUCCAAACAUCACAUUUUGAAAUGUUUUUGUUGCUUCUGCUGCUCUAUCGUUCCCUUUCUCCAAACAUCAAAUCGAAGUUAAGGGUUAAGUUUAGGCACGCAUUCUGAAUGGUUAAGGUUUGGGAUAGGCACAAAAAAAAGACACUGAUCCAGAGUCAUGGGAUUACGCCCAUCCUGGACCCCGUCCACAACGCCCUAGCAAAACCCAAGCCUACUUGAUGGUAAUGGAACUCACUAUUGCCCCCCCCCCCCCCCCCCCCAGUGGCCGGUUUUGAAGGCAUUUCCCAACGUCCUAAGGACAUGGAUAGAUAGACCAGGCCCCCAAUGUCCGGUCUGGAGCGUGAAGUCACAAGCUCUGCUGGUCGGCUACUGCGUAGCAACCUAGCGGUGCCAAAAGCUCUGGUCUGCCCUAGAAAGCCUAUGUCAAUUACUAUCGGCAGAAACGGUCUCCCCCAAAAAUGUAGACGUCCAUUUUGGUCUCUAAAAUUAGGUUAUUAGGAUCCAGUUCGAUCCCCAUGGGUAAUUAUUUUAAAGUUCGCUACAAACCGAGAUAUUGAAUUAAAUAGUGAUCCAUUCUUACUACUACAUUAGUCACACAGGACCAUGUGCUGACAUAGACCAAUCACGGGCCGGCAGGCAACGAGGAGGCUCGCACCCUCAUGCACGCUCUUUGCUCGUGUCUCUCAGGCAGGAUUAAAACGACUACAUCGAACAUGAUCCUUUGCUAGUUACGGCCACUUUCACCUUGAUCCUUAGCGAUUUAUUUGGUGCAGUUCAGCACCAUUCAGCAAUAUGGCGCACUACAAAUACUUCCUGCUUCAUGCGCCAUCUGAAGUUUUCCAUAAGAAUACGUGGAUGAUAUCCGCGCUAUCAUUAUCUACUGGUUUGAAUGUCUAUGGGAUAGACGUCCAAUUUUGAUUGGAAAUCCGCAGUGAUACUAGCAUCAUCACUACGGGAACAAUAUCUCUAGCGAAGUGAAACAAGGAAUUGUGUACUAUUCUGAAGUCCUCAUCUGAGUUAAUAAUAAAAAUAAUAGGCAUAGACUCAAGCCUUCUCCCUCCAGGAUCAGAGUUGCUGUAGACUGUAGGCUAGGCUAUAGUUGUUAGUUUGAGUGUUACACUUCUUUGUUUUCCCUCUCACAUUCCCCUGUAUAUCACCUCCUAGCCAUGUUCUAACAUGUACAGGUUUAGCACCUACCUGCCUAACCGUGUUCUAACAUGUACAGGUUUAGCACCUACCUGCCUAGCCGUGUUCUAACAUGUACAGGUUUAGCACCUACCUGCCUAGCCGUGUUCUAACAUGUACAGGUUUAGCACCUACCUGCCUAGCUGUGUUCUAACAUGUACAGGUUUAGCACCUACCUGCCUAGCUGUGUUCUAACAUGUACAGGUUUAGCACCUACCUGCCUAGCUGUGUUCUAACAUGUACAGGUUUAGCACCUACCUGCCUAGCUGUGUUCUAACAUGUACAGGUUUAGCACCUACCUGCCUAGCCGUGUUCUAACAUGUACAGGUUUAGCACCUACCUACCUAGCCGUGUUCUAACAUGUACAGGUUUAGCACCUACCUGCCUAGCCGUGUUCUAACAUGUACAGGUUUAGCACCUACCUGCCUAGCUGUGUUCUAACAUGUACAGGUUUAGCACCUACCUGCCUAGCCGUGUUCUAACAUGUACAGGUUUAGCACCUACCUACCUAGCCGUGUUCUAACAUGUACAGGUUUAGCACCUACCUGCCUAGCCGUGUUCUAACAUGUACAGGUUUAGCACCUACCUGCCUAGCUGUGUUCUAACAUGUACAGGUUUAGCACCUACCUGCCUAGCCGUGUUCUAACAUGUACAGGUUUAGCACCUACCUGCCUUGCCAUGUUUUUCUCUUGCUCGGUUUGUCUCAUUCUCUCAUCCUGUUUCACUCUUGUUGUCUUACUGUUGUUCUGUCGCUCAUUUAUGUCUUUCUCUCUGUCCCCUUACUCUCACUCUCUCUCAUUCUGUCUCUUUUAUCGCCCCUCUCUCUCCCUCUUCCUUGUUUCAGACGUUGUGAGGAUCCAGACUGUGUAAAAACACUAAACCGUCCCAGACUUUUGUUCAUAAUAGUUGUACAAGAAUUUGUGAAGGAAAAUAGUUAUCGUUGAUCUGUGAAUGGAUGAUCUCAGCACACCCACUUACCUCUAAACACUGAGCUAUAGGAGCAAAGCUACAACCAGGAUUAUGAGAUGUCUCAUAGCUACAUAACUAGGCCUAUCCAUGGCUAUGCCUAUAACAUGAUUAUAACAUAACAGGGUGACUAUAAAUGCAAUAUCACCUUACCGUUUUAGACCAAAGACGAUGUAAUAGUCAUGACGUUAUAAUGCAAAUAAUUCACCUUUACCGUAUUUAGCCCAUAACACGACUGUAAUAUGGUCAUGACAUGAUUAUAACAUAACUAACUACCCCUUUCUCUCUCUCUCUGUCUUUCUCUCUCUCUCUCUCUCUCUCUCUCUCUCUCCUCUCUCUCUCUCUCUCUCUCUCUCUCUCUCUCUCUCUCUCUCGCUCUUCUCUCUCUUUCUGUCUCUCUCCCAUCUCGCUCUUCCCAGCAUGAGAGACUGAGCCAGAGCUCAAAUUCUCCCCAAGCCCACACCAAUUAACAUUCACGCCAGAGAAGUUAGUGAACGAGAAAGAAAUGGUGAAAGUGGGACGACCUCCUUUUGAACACAUGGAGGGGUGAGAGAAAGAAGGUCUGUGUGUUUGUGUGUGUGUGAUACCAGUAUGUGUGUGUGAUACCAGUAUGUGUGUGCGAUACCAGUAUGUGUGUGCGAUACCAGUAUGUGUGUGCGAUACCAGUAUGUGUGUGUGAUACCAGUAUGUGUGUGUGAUACCAGUAUGUGUGUGUGAUGCCAGUUUAGAACAAUGGUUCCCAACCAGGGGUACUAGAACCCCUCGGGUACUUGGCCUAUCCACAGGGGGUACUUGAGAAGACCAAUGAGACCAAAGGCUUACUGGUAAAAUGCACAUGAGGGGGUACUUCAAGGGUACUCCGGGCAGAGCAAAAUUCAGUUAGUGGUACAGUAUGAAUGAUGCUACACAACAAUCUAAUGGAAUGUAUUGAUUAGUUGCUUGAUUGAUAGAUUGAUGAACAGAGUAGUUGAAAUACAAUGACACCUGCCUGCAUGUUAAUAGCCUGAGAGGAUCCAGAUCUGCUUCUGUAGAUCAUAUUGCCUCAGCUUAAUCAGGACUGUACACACCCAGUAUAAGUAUAUGACUGUACACUCUCACUAUCACACUUUAUCAGCUGACCUGCGUCCUUAUCUGGUUCCUGGGUGGUGAGGCAAUUGUGUGUGUGUUAAUGUCAGUAAGGCAGGUCAGUAUCACAGAAAUAGAAUAGAACGGGCUUGGAACCUCUAACCCUGGCAAUUUGAAUUGUAAACUCAUGGGUACACUCGCAAUGACUGCCUGGUAUUGUGAUGCAAUAAUUUCCAUGGUAAUGUAGAAUCUUCAUUCAAAUUAUGUUAACUGAUGCAAUGGAAUGUAUUGUUUGUAAUGUUGAUUCAACAAAGUACAGCACAGAUUGAUGGGUACACUUCCUGCUUUUACUUCCUGCUUUGCUCCCAUGGGUACACCUGCCAGUCCACCCAUUAUACAUUUACGUCAUUUAGCAGACGCUCUUAUCCAGAGCGACUUAAAGUUAGUGAGUGCAUACAUUAUUUUUUAUUUUUCAUACUGGCCCCCGUGGGAAGCGAACCCACAACCCUGGCGUUGCAAACGCCAUGCUCUACUAACUGAGCUACAUCCCUGCCGGCUAUUCCCUCCCCUACCCUGGACGAUGCUGGGCCAAUUGUGCACCGCCCCAUGGGUCUCCCGGUCGCGGCCGGCUACGACAGAGCCUGGAUUCGAACCAGGAUCUCUAGUGGCACAGCUAGCACUGCGAUGCAGUGCCUUAGACCACUGCGCCACUCGGGAGAUUAUGCCAUCAUUGACUUGAAUGGGGACGCCCGUUCUAUUCAUUCUAUUUCUAUGGUCAGUAUAGCUUCAGCAGGUCACACGGUAAUGUGCAGUGCAGGUAUGGGACAGACAUCAGCGAUACCAUGGGAACAGACUUGCGCCACACACACAGUCCUUGUUCUGUGACAGUGUAUGUGUGUGUCCUCUUUGAUAUCAGCGCUGUGAUAAAAACUGGAAACAUCUCUCUUUAUUACUUUGACAUUUUCGCUCUCUCGUUCUCCUUUCACUCUCCUUUUUCUCUCCCUCUCUCUCGCUGCCUCAGAGGGUAGAGCUGACAACCAAUAUCAUACAUCCCUCUUCUAUGUUUGUUUGUGUGUGUGUGUGCAUUCGUGUGAUUUACUUCUGUGUGUGUCUUAAAUAUAACCGUGGGCCAACUAAAGGCUGUAAUCCCAGGGAGUGAUUAGAUUAGAGGAUAGGUCAGUGUGUAAUCUAAUGAACUCUCACAAAUGCACCUAACACUGUUAGAGCUAGCACCACACACACACACACACACACACCACACACACACACACGUAAAUCACUCUAAUGCUGUAAAUCAGGACAUGAAAGCACAAGACGGGGUACACAGUAAACACACUAGUGCUCUCGUAUCUCUUUACCCUCCCUCUCUUCUCCCUCUCCACCACUCUUUCUUACCCUAUCUAUUUCUCUAUUCUGUCUGUGUAGGCUACCUGAAGACUAGGGGACUGAAUAUAGGUCAACACAACCUUACCAGACAUAAUAAGAGCAUAACAGAAGUGUGAGUGAAGAGGAGCAGUGACUGUGGAGUGAACUCCCCUGUGCUAAGUGCCAGAUCGGUUUACCCCAAACCUCUCAACACACACACACACACGGUGUGUGCUGGCCACAGCACUCCACUGUCUGAACUAAUGGCGUCAUCUCUUAAUCCUGAGACCCUCUGUAUGCUGGUUUCUGUUUAUGCUGGAUUCAAUGAAUUCAACACUAAUUUAAAACACCUCUCUGAUAACAGCUAGUGUACUGUUCCAUACACUAAGUUUUACCUUUAAUUUUCUCUUGCUUCACCAAACAUUGUAUUUGUCAGACUCAGUCAUGCUAAUAAAGGUUGGUUAAAAUUUGAUUAAUUGAACAGGGAAUGACUCCAGAUUGAUUGGUUGGUUGGUUGCAUGGAGACAGAGAGAACUAUCUCUGUUGCUGCUCCUAUUUUAAAGUGACACCAGAACAAGAGAGAGGUAAAGUAGGACAAGUCCUCAUGGACCAUUUCUCUCUCUCUCUCUCUCUCUCUCUCUCUCUGUGUCGCUGGUGGGCAGAAAAGUGCUGUCUCGCACACUCUCUUUCUCUCUGUUCUGUCUCCCUCUCUAUUGCUUGGGUGAUCGAUAGCGUUGGUAUGCUGAAAUGAGAGGGGUUCAGGGUGUGUCACUCAUGUAUGUGUAUGUGACUGGUGUAUGCGAGUGAGUCGCAGUGAUGAGUAGCCUUGCAGAGAAGUCAAAGGGGAAACAGAGGCUUAUAAAAUGUGUGUGUGUGUUCGCCCAUCCAUAAUGUGCGGUCUAUAGCCACAGUAAAGAGAGAGAGAGAGAGUAACAGAGAGAAGCUGUGUGUAUCAGAUGGACGGUGACACCAUCCUGAAUCAUACCCACUGUUUAUAAGGUCAGAGAUAGAGUUCUAUAGGGUUUUAGAGGGGAUUGGGCUACACUUCUGACUGUGCUCUUAGUUCUACUUUGUCAUUUCCUCUGCCUAUUUCUAUGUCUAUGUUUGGCUGUCAGUAAAUGGAUGACAUAGCAGGAGGCUGGCCCUGCUCUGUUCACUUGAAGUGUGUGUUUGGGGGAGCGUGUGUGUGUGACAGAGGGGGAGAGUGUAUCUCAUUAGAUUAGCCCACUUCUGAUCCUGACAAACCUCUUGGUUUCUCUCUUUGGGAUCUGAGCCUGACCUCCACACCACGUGAGUGUAUGUGUGUUCGUUUGUGUGUGUGUGUGCGACCGUACAUGUGUUUGUGGGUGCUCUAUCUCAACAUGUUUUGUUAAUGUUGUUUUUAGCUUCAUACUAUAGAACUGUGAUGCUACGCAGUUAGAUAACUGUGACUGUAGGACAGUAGAACUGCUGCUGCUGGUACUGCAAGUAUGUACUGUUUGUUCAUGUUUGGUCUUUUCAUUAUAACGUCUGUCUGUCCCGUUUGGUUCCUAAUGAAUACACCACUAGUGUCCAAGGUCUGAACCGGUCUGCCUGUCGUAGUGGAGCCUACUCUCUAACCCUUUCCCCCUACUCCAGCAAUCCUUAUUUUAGUCUUCACCCCUUCCUCUAUUCCCUCUCUCUUCUCUCUGUUGCUGUUGACUGUGACAUGGUUGGGUGGGGGUGGGUGUGUGUGUGUAACACACUGCGAUUCACUACCCCCCUCAUGUAUCCCAUCACCCAACACUCAGCGGUAAGGACACAGCAUCCACAGGAAGUGUGUCAGAGAGAGCAUGUGUUCAGACACACACACACACACACACAGGGAAUAAUGUGCUAGUGACUCGUCAGCCCAGAGGGUUGUUGAUGUUUACAGCACGUGUUUAGUGGUGUAUUGGUUAGCUAGCUAGCUCAUUAGCAUGUUAGCUGUCUUCCACAGGCCAGGAGGGAUUCUUACUGGUAGUUAAUGGAUUGAUUCAUGCCAGGCUAGGUAUGCACUCACCUGGGGUCUAUUCAUUAGUGCAAACUGUUGAAAAAUGUUUUGCAACAGAAAACAGUUUACAAUUAAAAUGAGAGUUUCUAUUGGACAAAUACAGAUAGGUUUGUCCCGUUUUCUUCCGUUUGGUUCCUAAUGAAUACUCAUGUCUGAACCAGUCCCCGAUAGAUCUGUCCAGGCCUGGAGUUGAUUAGCUUGGUAAGGACACAUAGAACUGACUACCUAAUAAUAAUCUCUCUCUUUGUCUCUCUUCACUCUUUCUUUUUCUCUCCCUCUUCCCAGAUGGUUCCCUCCCAAAAGAGCCCAAAGGAGACUUGUCCAGUCAGCUACCAGGUAGGAUGACACACACACACACACCAGCGUUCUGUGUUCCUGUGAUCUUCUACCCUCCCUUCCCUUUUCUCUCCUUUUGUUUCACUGUUUCGUCUGGGAUCUACCAUUGAUGUCUGUCUGUCACAGCAGCAUGUGUGUGUUUAGUGUGUGUGUGUUUUGACUGGGAGUGUCUCUGCUGAAGUCUCCCCCUCAUCUCUCCAGUCUGGUCUAAAACAUCUUUGUUUUACUUCCCUGUUUGUAGGCAGGGUUAUAGGUCAAGCCUAUUGUUCUGAGUCAUUCAGCAGUGAUGUCACUGGUCUGCCUUAUAAAGGGUAAAAAUACGUGAUGUCAUCUAAGAUAUAAAGGUUGAAACCAGUCCAUCUGGUGGCAUGCUCUCUCUCCCACUGGUAACACUGGGAUAGGGGGAGGGAGGGAUGGGAGGAGAGGGGGAUGGAGGAAGGCAUGUAUGAAGAGGGGGAUGAAGAGAUAGUGUUACGUAACCCUGGUUGUGCCUUUGGUCCCUGACAGAUGUAUGUUUAGUAUGAAGGGGCUAGGGUGGGCUUAUUUUCUCUCUCUCUCUCUCUCUCGCUCUCUCUCCUCAUCCCUCUCUCCAGGUCAUUGGGGUAACCUUGGCCUGUGUCUCAGUCUCUUACUCUACCCUGUUAUUAGAAGUCUGGACGGAUGCAGCGAAUGAGACGGGGGAGAGAUUCAACUGGCACACAGACAUUCUGGGGAAAACAGGAUGGUCAGAGGGAGAGAGAAGGAAUAGGGGAAAAAGCGAGGGAGUGAGAAGAGAAAAGUAAGCAGGGAAAAGAGAGAGGAGGACGGACCGAUGGAAAGAUUUGAAAUCUAUUAUCAAUGCUGGUCACUAGCACAGAUGGGCAAUUUCUUUUUUUUAUGUGUGUGUUUUUGUGUAUGUCAGCUGUACCCACAGUGUUAGAGUGCCACAGCUGUGGCUGAUCAGCCUGGCCAUCAGCCAAUAAGAUCGCCCCCUCAGUCUCCCGAGCCAAUAGGAUCACACCCUCUGUUUCACCGACCAAUCAAAUCUCCUCCGUGAGGCUGGGAGGUGGGAGAAUCAGAUGUCAAUCAAAGUUACAAAACUAGGCUAAUAGGGGGGUAGAGUAGCUGGCAACAAGACAGAGAGAGAAAGACAGAGCGGGAGUGUGAGAGAGUGCAUUGUCUAGUAAAUAAUUACUAACAACAAUCUGGUUGAUGAACUAGUAGAGAGAACGGUGAAGGGAGGGAGAGAUUAAAGAAUGCUUAAGCCCUGAGAAAACUGAAAGCGAUAAUAUUAAGAGGGAGAGGGAGAGAGACUCUCUAGUGACAAUCCUCUCAGUCAGGACAUAGUGACACCUGCAUCUAUCUCACACACACAUAUUCACAUUCCAGACUCACAUUCUCUCUCUCUCUUUCUCUCUCAAUUCUAAAGGCUUUAUUGGCUUGGAAAGUGUUAGCACACAUUGCCAAAGCAAACAUAUAGACACAUAUCAAAUCAAUGAUAACGCAGAUAGAUAAUAGGAACAAUUAUAAUACUCAAUGAGUAAUAACAAUUAACAGGACAAUACAGUAAGAAAUAAAUUAGGACAAUAAUUAAAUGGUGAGAAAGACAUAGGUAGCAUGUUAUUGCUUUGGUUGGUCGUUCUACUGGCUGUCCCUACGGGUGUGUCAGGAAGCUACAUAUUUUGCAGCUAAUAUGGCACAAAGGGGGUUUUCUCCCAAUAGUUAUUGGAUUUUCUCAGUUUCAGUUUUUGUUUCAUAGUCUUUGGGGAACAAAAUUGCCCAUAAGUCUGUAUAGUUCUGUCAGAUAUUCUGCCACGUGUACUGUCUUACAGUACUUUGAUUUUUUGUGGUGUCUUUUAUAGGCACGGGAAGUACUAUUACUAUACUACCACUAUUUUUAUUUUCUUCUGCCAACAUGGGGGGGACGGUGAUAAUUUUUUGUCGAGGCGGGAGGGGGUGCUGAAUUAUUCUUUUUUUGACUGCGCUACAGACUGCUAUGUUUUUAUUUUAUUUAUAUUUUUCGGGGGGUGCUUCAGCACCCCUACUUUCACUAUGGUGUCUUUCAAAUGGGUGAUAUAUUUUUCUUUUAUAUUUUGAGCCAGAUCCUAAUUUGAUAGAUAUUCAAAUGGUAUAGAAAGCCCUCCUUGCUUUGUCUUUCAGUUCAUUCAUGGCCAGGUUGAAGUUCCCUUUGGAGCAAAUUCUUUGUCCCAAAUAUGUGGAGCCCAGUAAAAAAAGUACAGUGCAUUCGGAAAGUAUUCAGACCCCGUGACCUUUUCCACAUUUUGUUACGUUACAGCCUUAUUCUAAAAUGUAUUAAAUCAUUUUUCCCCUCAUCAAUCUACACACAAUACCCCAUAAUGACAUAGCAAAAACAGGUUUUUAAAUAGUUUAUGCAAAUUCAUGACAAAUAAAAAACGGAAAUAUGACAUUUACAUAAGUAUUCAGACCCUUUGCUAUGAGACUCGAAAUUGAGCUCCGGUGUAUCCUCUUUCCAUUGAUAAUCCUUUUACAACUUGAUUAGAGUCCACCUGUGGUAACUUCAAUUGAUUGGACAUGAUUUGGAAAGACACACACCUGUCUAUAUAAGGUUCCACAGUUGACAGUGCAUGUCAGAGCAAAAACCAAGCCAUGAGGUCGAAGGAAUUGUGGAAAAAGUCAAGGGGUCUGAAUACUUUCCGAAUGCAUAUAUUGGUUUCCUUGACAUCUGGACCUUUUUUGGAAUAUCUUAAUAUUUGUAUUUUUUUCAUUGACUGUCAGUGCCCAGGUGUGACAGAACUGUUGCAGAUGAUCUGUUGCUCUAGCUCAUUUUUUGUGGGGGACAGCAACACCAGAUCAUCUGCAUACAGGAAGCAUUUUAUUUCUGUGUUAAGAGUGAGAGCAGGGGCUGUUGAUUGCUCAAGCGUUUUGGCCAAUUCAUUUAUAUAGAUAGUAAAUUGACUUGAGCUCCCCUGUUUUACUCCACGCCCUUGGGAAAAUAAAUCUGUAUGUUUAUCUCCAAUUUUGACUGCAUAUUUGUUAUUUCCGUACAUUGAUUUGAUGGCGUCAUAUGUUUUUACACCCACACCAAUUAAUUUGAGUAAAAUGCCUUCAUGCCAAAUUUAAUCAAAUGCUUUUUGGAAAUCUACAAAGCAGGAGAACAUUUAUUUUAUUUUUAUUUACAUGUUUAUCAAUUAGGGUUUGUGUAGGGUAUAAAUAUGGUCUGAUGUUUUAUAAUUGGGUAGGAAUCCAAUUUGAUUUCACUGAGAGAGUGCAGAAAUCUGUUGUUCAUGACAGCGCAUAAUAUUUUCCCCAGGUUACUGUUGAAAGAAAUGCCACGAUAAUUGUUUGGAUAAUUGUCUGUUAUCCAAACAAUUCUCCUCUCUAUUCCCAUAUCCUCCCUGCUCUACUCUGGAGAAUGGGAACCAGCUUUUUGGAAUCCCAGGAAUUCCAACACAGGCCUCAGUUGGAGAAUGCCAGUGAUGCAAUGUAUUUAGGCACGCCCCCUAUGCUAUCCCAAACCUACCAUUACCCAAAUCGGCCUGACCCAUUCUCUCGCUCUGGCCCCUCAUGAGGCCCCUGUAACAGCUGGCUUCAGAUCAGUUGUCAUGAGUUUAAUCCUGACCAUAACCAUUAUGAGAUUAGCACUUUAACAUGCUCUGGAUCAUCAUAUCAACGUGUUUGAGUGAGAGAUGGUAUGAAGAGAACUUCUCUCCUCCUUCUGCUCUCCAUACCUCCCUCUCCAUCUGUCCUGGCAACUGGCAUAUACUGACUGACACACACACACACACAUUUCUCAUCUGUGCAUGUUUGUACGCGUUUAUAGUGUGUGUGUGUCUGUAAAUUACUUUGCGGCUGCAAGGAACUAUUGCUCAUUUGACCUCUUGGAGCCCUCCUUAAUCUGCAGCCUUUGAUGUGUCUGUGUGUUUGUGUCCAGUCCUACAUAAAGAGAGACCGAUUAUGUAGGCUUUCACAUGCAGCAGAGAUUGAUUUGGUCUUGCCUUAUUUGCCCUGAAAUGACACAUACUGGCCUUGUUCUGAUUUUGACCAUGAACAUGACGUCAUGGUCAUCAUUCUCAGAAGAACAACCUACAGAAUGGUCAAGUUCAGUAACAAGGACAUACACACACACACACACACACAGACACACACACACUCUGUAACACAGGAUUAUUUGACCCUUUGUCACCUGCUAACGUAGGAUUCCAUAGAUGCCAGACAUAGCUACAGCCAAUCUAUGGUUUGACUUGCUGGCCUCUGAGUAACUCCUCACCCAAAUAUCCCCCCCCAUACUCCCUCUAUCCUUUCUCUCUCUCUCUCUCUCUCUCUCUCUCUCUCUCUCUCUCUCUCUCCUUCUCUCUUUCCUUCUCUCUCCUUCACUGCCGGGGCUGGGGGUGGUCAUGGCUCUGUUGGUCCGUCUCUGACCAUUGUCUGACUGCUGUGUUGUGGUCAUGUUCCAGGAUUGAGGAGUUUACCACAUCAGUCACCGGCUUCAUUAAUAAGUGCAUCAAUGACAUCAUCCCCACAGUGACCAUACAUACAUAUCCCAACCAGAAGCCAUGGAUUACAGGAAACGUCCGCACUGAGCUAAAGGCUAGAGCUGCCGCUUUCAAGGAGCGGGACACUAACCUGGAUGCUUAUUAGAAAUCCUGCUACGACCUCUGACGAACCAUCAAACAGGUAAAGCGUCAAUACAGGACUAAGAUUGAAUUCUACUACAAAGGGAAACCCAGCCGCGAGCCUGCCAGACGAGCGAAAUGCUGUAUAUGCUUGCUUUUAGGCAAGCAACACUGAACCAUGCAUGAGAGCACCAGCUGUUCCGGACGACUGUGAUCACUCUCUCCAUAGCCGAUGUGAGUAAGACCUUUUUAAACAGGUUAGCAUUCACAAGGUGGAUUACCAGGAUGCAUGCGCUGACCAGCUGGCAAGUGUCUUCACUGACAUUUUCAACCUCUCCCUUACCCAGUCUGUAAUGCAUACAUGUUUCAAGCAGACCACCGUAGUCCCUGUGUCCAAAAACGCCAAAGUAGCCUGUCUAAAUGACUAUCGCUCAGUAGCACUCGCACCUGUUGCCAUGAAAUGCUUUAAAGGAUGGUCACGGCUCACAUCAACACCAUCAUCCCAGACACCCUGGACCCACUCCGAUUCACAUACCACCCCAACAAAUCCACAAAUGAUGCAAUCUCUAUAGCACUCCACACUGCCCUCACCUGGACAAGAGGAACAUCUAUGUGAAAAGGCUGUUCAUUGACUACAGCUCAACGUUCAACACCAAAGUGCCCUCCAAGCUCAUCACCAAGCAAAGAACCCUGGUACUGAACACUUCACUCCGCAACUGGAUCCUGAACUUCCUGACUGGCUGCCCCCAGGUUGUGAGGGUAGGCAACAACACAUCCGCCAUGCUGACCCUCAACACGGGGGGCCCCUCAGGGGUGCGUGCUUAGUCCCCUCCUGUACUCCCUGUUCACCCACAAAUGCGUGGCCGUGCACGUCUCCCAACACCAUCAUUACAUUUGCUGACGACACGGCGGUGGUAGGCCUGAUCACCAAUGACGAUUAGACAGCCUAUAGGGAGGAGGUCAUAGACCUGGCAGUGUGGUGCCGGGACAACAACCUCUCCCUCAACGUCAGCAAGACCAAGGUGCUGAUCGUGGACUACAGGAAACGGAGGGCCAGGCACGCCCCCAUUCGCAUCGACAGGGCUGUAGUGGAGCGGGUCGAGAGAUUCAUGUUACUCGGUGUGCACAUCAGUAAAGAUAUAUCAUGGUCCACACUAGGGCUGUUACGGUGACCUUAUUACCGCCACACUGGCGGUCACAAGUCAUGAUAGUAGUCAAAUUCCAUGUGACCGUUUAGUCACGGUAAUUAGGCUUCUCCAAGCUCUGAUGCUACUGAUGGUCAUUAAUAGCCUACCAAACUUGCUAACUCGAUUGUACUCAGCGCUCUAUUGUCCCUCUACUCACUCUGACAUCAAUGCAAAUGUAAUCGAAAAUCGAACACUUCAUGAGAGCCCAUGAGCUCAUGUUGCGCAACAUUUCUAUAGGCUAUGCAAUUGUGUGAGAAAUCAGAGUGAUGGCCUCUAUUAAAAAGAGGAGGAUCCCAUCAGCUUUCUAUAGGCUAGGCCUACUAUAUUUAUUUCUCAACUUUCCAAAUAUUAAGCACAUUGCUUCUCUUUACAACAGGAGUAUAGCCUACCUGGCUGGCAUGAAAAUGAACCACGGGAAAAGCAUCCUCCAUUCGCUAUUUAAGUGCAUAGAUGACAUGUAUUGGUCCAUUCUAAAUCAAAACAAAUUUCACACAUAUAUUAUUUAGUAUAUGUAAAGACAAGAUUAAAUCAAGAAUAGUUUGAUGGGUGACAAUAUAAGCCUGUCACUUGUGAAUGAUAUAUUAUCACUUGUGAAUGAUGCCCAGCUUAAGGCAAGAAACAGCGCAUGCCUUUUUAGCAACUUUUUCAAAUCACAGUAGGACACCUCAUGUAGCCUAGUCCAUAGGCCUACAUGUUUUGAUAAGGUUUGUAUCACAACUAAAGUGGCCAAAUAACUUCUUAAAAUGAAGCACAUUAAUCCGCUUUACAACGGGUGUAGAGCCUAACUGGCAUACAUAUGCAGCACAGGAGUUUCAUGUUUUGGGAAGAACAUUUUCACCAUAAAAAUGCACCUUUAUAAUAAAAGCAUUACAUGUAUAAUCGCAUUUGUGGUCACUUUUGAGAACGGUGUUUUCCUGCUAAUUGAACAUUCGCACUUAUAGCCUACUGCCGUGUGCUUAUUGCUGCGCUUAUAAUGUGAAGAAAUGGCCUAAUAGUUUAUCAACAUCUUUAGAUCAACAUUCUCAUCUGUUGUGUCAGCCUCAUUGCUUAAAACAGGUUUUUUGAUGUUAGUGGUUGUAUUAAUUUGGGAUCUAUCGCAUCCCACAUCUGUCCCAGACUAUAUUUGGAAUAUUUAUUUCUCGUACAGAAUAGAAUAGGUCAACUUUUGUACUAUGGCGGAUAGUAGAUUGACAUAGGCUAGUGCUUUUGCUGUUCGUUAGGCCUACCUAUCUUGUUGGCUGACGAAAAGUGAAUGUGGACAGUUCUUCCAAUAUCUUCAAUAUGCGCCUCGGAUUUGGAUAAGGAUGCAUGCGGUUGCAUCCCCGAUGUGUCUGUCUUCACUUGUAGCCUGUGUGAAAGACCUGAUCACGUGACGGAGAGCCAAGUGAGUGAGAGGUGCUUCGGCACACAGCCGAGAGAAGGGAAUUAUAAUUAUUAUAUUCAGCCCAAGGGCACAAUGGCCACUGGCCACAAAAGGCAUGGAUUUUUUUUACGGCGCAUUACGGCCACACAAAGAGGAUGCAGCCGGGAAACUCGAGGCAUUAUCAAAUGAUUGUCAAAUUGUGAAUGAGAGACUGAUGAAGUGUGUACAGCCUGCCUAAAAAACAAAGCAGUGCUCAUGCCUUUCAUGCGACUUUUUUCAAAUCAUCAUUAGUCGCAUCAUACAGCCUUAGAAUGUAUUAUAAAUCUAAACAUAUAGCCCAACAUUUGUAUCACAACUAAAGUUGCAUAAAUAACUCUAAAUUAAGCAUAUACAGUGCAUUCGGAAAGUAUUCAGACCCCUUCACUUUUUCCACAUUUUGUUCCGUUACAGCCUUAUUCUAAAAUGGAUGAAAUUAUUUUUUCCCCUCAUCAAUCGACACACAAUACUCUACAAUGACAAAGCGAAAACAGGUUUUUAGAAAUGUUAUAACAUUUAUAAAACAUAAAAAACAUAAAUACCUUAUUUACACCCUUUGAUUCAGACCCUUUGCGAUGAGACUCAAAAUUGAGCUCAGGUGCAUCCUGUUUCCAUUGAUCAUCCUUCAUGUUUCUACAACUUGAUUGGAAUCCACCUAUGGUAAAUUCAAUUGAUUGGACAUGAUUUGGAAAGGCACACACCUGUCUAUAUAAGGUCCCACAGUUGACAGUGCAUGUCAGAGCAAAAACCAAGCCAUGAGGUCGAAGGAAUUGUCUGUAGAGCUCCGAGACAGGAUUGUGUCGAGGCACAGAUCUGGGGAAGGGUACCAAAACAUUUCUGCAGCAUUGAAGGUCCCCAAGAACAUAGUGGCCUCCAUCAUUCUUAAAUUGAGGAAGUUUGGAACCCAGACCUUUCCUAGAGCUGGCUGCCCAGCUAAACUGAGCAAUCAGGGGAGAAGGACCUUGAUCAAGGAGGUGACCAAGAACCCGAUGGUCACUCUGACAGAGCUCCAGAGUUCCUCUGUGGAGAUGGGAGAAACUUCCAGAAGGACAACCAUCUCUGCAGCACUCCACCAAUCAGGCCUUUAUGGUAGAGUGGCCAGACGGAAGCCACUCCUCAGUAAAAGGCACAUGACAGCCUGCUUGGAGUUUGUCAAAAGGCACCUAAAGGACUCUCAGACGAUGAGAAACAAGAUUCUCUGGUCUGAUGAAACCAAGAUUGAACUCUUUGGCCUGAAUGCCAAGUGUCACGUCUGGAGGAAACCAGGCACCGCUCAUCAACUGGCCAAUACCAUCCCGGGCUCCUGAGUGGCGCAGCGGUCUAAGGCACUGCAUCUCAGUGCUUGAGGCGUCACUACAGACCCCCUGGUUCGAUUCCAGGCUGAAUUACAACCGGCCGUGAUUGGGAGUCUCAUAGGGCGGUGCACAAUUGGCACAGCAUCGUCCGGGUUUGGCCAGUGUAGGCCGUCAUUGUAAAUAAGAAUUUGUUCUUAACUGACUUGCCUAGUUAAAUAAAGGUUAAAAAAAAGAAAUAUCCCUAUGGUGAAGCAUGGUGGUGACAGCAUUGUGCUUUGGGGAUGUUUUUCAGCGGCAGGGACUGGGAGACUAGUCAGGAUCGAUGGAAAGAUGAAUGGAGCAAAGUAAAGAGAUCCUUGAUGAAAACCUGCUCCAGAGCGCUCAGGACCUACGACUGUUCACCUUCUAAUAGGACAACGACCCUAAGCACAGAGCCAAGACAACACAGCCAAGACAACGCAGGAGUUGCUUCGGGACAAGUCUCUGAAUGUCCUUGAGUGGCCGAGCCAGAGCCCUGACUUCAACCCGAUCUAACAUCUCUGGAGAGACCUGAAAAUAGCUGUGCAGCGACGCUGCCCAUCCAACCUGACAGAGCUUGAGAGGAUCUGCAGAGAAGAAUGGGAGAAACUCCCCAAAUGCAGGUGUCAAGCUUGUAGCGUCAUACCCAAGAAGACAAGGCUUGUAAUCGCUGCCAAAGGUGUUCAACAAAGUACUGAUUAAAGGGUCUGAAUACUUAUGUAAAUAUCAAUUUCAGUUUUUUCUUUUUUAUACAUUUGCAAACAUUUCUAAAAACCUGUUUUUGCUUUGUCAUUAUGGGGUAUUGUGUGUAGAUUGAGGAAAAAACAAACAAUUUAAUCAAUUUUAGAAUAAGGCUGUAACGUAACAAAAUGUGGAAAAAGUGAAAGGGUCUGAAUAAUUCUGACUGCACCGUAGGAGUACCUGUUUCUUUGUUAACCACUCAACACAGAAUAGCCGCAUGUGCACACUCCCUCAAAUUGUUUGGAGAAAAUAUAUUUUAUAUUUUCAGUUGUAUUCUUCAUACUAUAAAAUAAUGCCACGGAAUUCUAAGCAAAUCUUGUCUGCUAAAUGAACUAGUGUAGCCAACAGCCAUAUGGCAUAGCCAGAUCAGGGCCUAACAUAAGGACAACUUAGAGUAUGCUAUCUGUUCUUCUGAAAUAGACUACAUUUUCUUCAGAUCAUGUUUCUUUAAACCUGUCUUAAAUAAAUAAUGGAUUUAUUGUGAUGGUGUAGGCUAUAUUACAUGGAUUUAUUAUACUUUUUAUAAUGUAGGUGUUCCAAAGGUCCGCAUCAGUGGCUUGUAGGCUAUGCGUGGAAGCCAGGAGAUGCUAAAUGUUAAUUAACGGUCAAUUACCAUGAGACCGGCAGUUAUUCGCUUGACAAUCACCAGCUGAAAGAAUGUAAGGACCGCCACACACACCAACACAAUUGUGAAGGGGGCACGACAAUGACUCUUUCCUUUCAAGAGGCUGAAAAGAUUUGGCAUGGGCCCUCAGAUCCUAAAAAAGUUAUACAGCUGCACCAUUGAGAGCAUCUUGACUGGCUGCGUCACCGCUUGGCAUGGCAACUGCUUGGCAUCCGACCGCAAGGCGCUACAGAGGGUAGUGCGUACGGCCCAGUACAUCACUGGGGCCGAGCUCCCUGCCAUCCAGGACCUCUAUACCAGGCGGUGUCAGAGAAAGGCCCUAAAAAUCCAGCCACCCAAGUCAGACUGUUCUCUUUGCUAGUGCACGACAAGCUGUACCGAUGCAGAAGGUCUGGAACCAACAGGACCCUGAACAGCUUCUACCAAGCCAUAAGACUGCUAAAUAGUUAGUCCGGGUAGCUAUUUGGUUAACUAUUUAACUAUCUGCAUUGACCCUUUUUGCACCAACUUUUUUGACUGCUGUUACUGUAUAUUAUCUGUCCUGUUGACUAGUCACUUUAUUCCUAGUUAUAUAUACAUAUCUACCUCAAUUACCUCGUACCCCUGCACAUGAACUCGGUACUGGUACCCGUGUAUACACUGACUGUACAAAACAUUAGGAGCAACUUCCUAAUAUUGAGUUGCACACCACACUUUUUCCCUCAGAACAGCCUCAAUUCGUAAGGGGAUGGGCCUCCUCUGUAGCUCAGUUGGUAGAGCAUGGCGCUUGCAACGCCAGGGUUGUGGGUUCUAUUCCCACGGGGGGCCAGUAUGAAAAAAAUGUAUGCACUCACUAACUGUAAGUUGCUCUGGAUAAGAGCGUCUGCUAAAUGACUAAAAAUGUAAACAUGUAAAAGGUUUCGAAAGCAUUCCGCAGGGAUGCUGGCCCAUGUACUCCAAUGCUUCCCACAGUUGUGUCAAGUUGGCUGGAUGUCUUUUGUGUGGUGGACCAUUCUACACAAGGGAAAUUGUUGAGUGUGAAAAACCCAGUAGCGCUGCAGUUCUUGACACAAACCGUUGUGCCUGGUACCUACUACCAUACCCCAUUCAAAGGCAUUUACAUUUUUUGUCACCCUCUGAAUGGCAUAUACACAAUCCAUGUCUCGGGGCUUAAAAAUGAUUUUUAACCUUUCUCCUCCCCUUCAUCUACGCUGAUUUGAAAUGGAUUUAACAAGUGACAUCUAAGGGAUCAUAGCGUUCACCUGGCUUCAUCUGGUCAUUCUGUCAUCGAAAGAGCAGGUGUUCUUAAUGUUUUGUAUAGACAGUCUAUAGCCAAGUUAUCGUUAUUUCUCUAUUUUAUUUUUCUCUGCAUUUUCGAGAAGGGCCCGUAAGUAAGAAUUUCACUGUUAGUCUACACCUGUUGUUUUACGAAGCAUGUGACAAAUACAAUUUGAUUUGAAUUCUCUCUAAGUCACACACACAAACACAAACUGAGGGAGUUAAAACGUGAGAUUAAGAGCAGUUUGGGUAGAAGCCUGUUCCUCUCCUAAACUGACACAGGACACCAGCUCACACAGGAGGGGCUCCUAGCUUAUUUUCUUAGCAUAUAUUGGCCUAGCUUAGCACCACUCCUCAAAAGCAAUAGUUUUUUUUGCCCCAAAAGUAUCUCUUAGCCUUAGGGCAAAUUCUUGUCUUUCACAAUGUAAUUAGCAUCUGUUUUGGCGUAGUUUAGCAUUGUAAUGUAGCUUAGCUGGGGGUUGUGUUAGCAGAGGAGCUAGUUCCACAUGCUACAUGGCCGGUUGGAGUGAAAACUGGAAAUGUAACAUGCAGACGUGUUGGUAUUGGAGGAGAAUAACGUCCUCACUGGUGACCCUUUCACGUGUGGCUUUACACUCAGACAGGCUCCGCUCUCAUCCAGCUGACAGGUAUGCCAAAUGUUUUGGGUGCAUCAUCUGAAAUGGCAACAGGUUCCUUUUUAUAGUGUACCACAUGGUGCUCUGACCAAACAUAAUGCAGUAUAUAGGAAAUAAGAGCCAUUUCAGAUUCAGCCUUUGAUCAGGAGAGGAAGUAUCUUUAGAGUAUAAUUGAGAUGCACUAUUCCACUCUCACCUCUUUGGUUUGAAUGGUAAAGUAAAGGUUAAAGACGGACACUUUUUCGAAGAGUGAGGGAGGGAAAGAGAUAGAGGACAGAGAGAAAAAACAGAAAGUGACCAUCCCUCCAUCCAUGUCUUUUUGCUGUGGUGGAGUCAGGGUGACAUCAUCGUCUGCAGCAGCAUUGCAGGGUUUUUACUUUUCUUUCUUCCUCUUUUUUCUCGUUCACUCAUUUUAUUUGCUCGUCCAUCCUGGCUGUCACUUCUCUGGCUGUCACUUCUCAGCUGCUUUCAUAAAUCCUCAACUCUCUCUAUUUCUCUUUCUCUCUCGCUCUCUAAAAUAUUUUUCUGUGGCCUCAGAUAUUUGUGUGUAUAGUUGCGGCAGUAAUUCUAUGGAUUAUGGCCUUUGUCUAGCUGAUACCAUAAGUGUAAAGAUGUGUGUGAAGAAACACAUCCUACUGUGUGUGUGUGUGUGUGUGAGCUGUAUUUAAAAAGCAAUUAGCUGUUUUAUUUCCUAAUCCUUAAAAUGCACUGUGGGAUUAAUAAUGGACCCAAUGACACACAGACAGACAGACAGACAGACACAGACACCCCUCUCCCUCCCCUUGACUGAGUAUGGUUGUGGGAGGGUAGAACGUGCUCCAGAAGCUCACCACAGGGGCAGCUGAAUAUAGAGGAGCUCCGGUCAAAACACACUAGAAGUAACACUGGAAUUAUUAUGGAAUACAGAGCAGGGCCAAGGAACACACACACACACACACACACACACACACACUUCUGCUUCCUACAGGCAGACUACUAGGAGCCUGUCUGAGUGGUUGCUACUCUCCCAUGUGGGUGUGUUUAUAUAAUUUAAUAGGGAGGAGGGCUAUUGCUAUAAGGAGCUAUACAGUAUCAGUUUAGUGAAUUCACAGAGAACUACAAGGCUUUCACUGUAAACUUUCUCACCUCUACUACCCACUAGUGUACACACACACACACACACACACACACACUUUCAUCUACUGUAAAGACAAACCUUAACGUCCAUCACACACACAUCACCAUUCAAGACUAUGGUAGCCCACUGAGAUAAAACCUAGGUAUUUGGCUAUUGCGUGAACCACCUCCGCUCUCUUAGGUGGGUGGGCUUAACAAUACAAUUUGUAUUUAUUUAUAUAAUCUCAUUGGACCCCCUCGGGGAAGUUAAGACAAUUUAGAGAAAGAUGGAAAGAGAGCGAGAGAAUGAGAGUAAACUAUACAUCAUUAUUUUCUUGUCACCUCAGAUAUUGGAGGAUUACUAGAGCAAUACAUACUCCCACAAUGCCUUUGGGAGGGGAGGGGAGGCAUGCCAUGCAGUAUAUUACCAGCCCCCAGAUGUCUGUGUCUAUGUGUCUGUCUGUCUGUGUCUAUGUGUCUGUCUGUGUGUGUGUGUGUGUGUGUGUGUGUGUGUGUGUGUGCUACUUUCCCCCAAGCUCUAAAUGUAUGGUCAGGAAUAGUAGCACGAUAGAAAGAAGCAUUUAUAAUGAGUGUGUAUAGUGUGUGUGUGUUUGGGUAGGCGUGUGUGUGCUCACUUACUCCUCUGUGAGGCGCUGUAUCAUUGCAGAAAGAGAGUAAUUAAUGACUCUUGCUCUCGCUCUCUCCAAUUCAAUGGGCUUUAUUGGCAUGGGAAACAUUUUUACAUUGUGGAAUAGAUAAAACCAUUUUUUUAUAUAAACAAUCAGAAAUGAACAGUAAACAUUACACUUCAAAUACAAUUUUAAUGGACACAUACACAUAUUUAGCAGAUGUUAUUGUGGGUGUAGCGAAAUGCUUGUGUUCCUAGCUCCAACAGUGCAGUAGUAUCGCACAAUUCACAACAAUACACACAUCUAAAAGUAAAAGAAUGGAAUUAAGAAAUAUAUAAAUAUUAGAUUGAGCAAUGUCGAAGUGGCAUUGACUAAAAUACAGUAGAAUAGAAUACAGUAUAUACAAAUGAGAUGAGUAAAGCAGUAUGUAAACAUUAUUAAAGUGACUAGUGUUCCAUUAUUAAAGUGGCCAGUGAUUCCAAGUCUAUGUAUAUAGGGAAGCAGCCUCUAAGGUGCAGGGUUGCGUAACCAGGUGGAAGCCGGCUAGUGAUGGCUAUUUAACAGUCUGAUGGCCUUGAGAUAGAAGCUGUUUUUGAGUCUCUCGGUCCCAGCUUUGAUGCACCUUUACUGACCUCGCCUUCUGGAUGAUAGCGGGGUGAACAGGCCGUGGCUCGGGUGGUUGAUGUCCUUGAUGAUCUUUUUGGCUUCCUGUGACAUCGGGUGCUGUAGGUGUCCUGGUGGGCAGGUAGUUUGCCCCAGGUGAUGCGUUGGGCAGACCGCACCACCCUCUGGAGAGCCCUGCGGUCGAUGUGGAUGGGGGCGUGCUCCCUCUGCUGUUUCCUGAAGUCCACGAUCAGCUCCUUUGUUUUGUUGAAGUUGAGUGAGAGGUUAUUUUCCUGGCACUACUCUCCCAGGCCCCUCACCUCUUCCCUGUAGGCUGUCUCGUCAUUGUUGGUAAUCAGGCCUACUACUGUUGUGUCGUAUGCAAACUUGAUGAUUGAGUUGGAGGCGUGCGUGGCCACGCAGUCAUGGGUGAACAGGGAGUACAGGAGGGGGCUGAGCCUGCACCCUUGUGGGGCCCCUGUGUUGAGGAUCAGCGAAGUGGAGGUGUUGUUUCCUACCUUCACCACCUGGGGGCGGCCCGUCAGGAAGUCCAGGACCCAGUUGCACAGGGCGGGGUUCAGACCGUGUUAUAUUACUGGCUAUGUUAAUUAACGAUGUGCAAAUAAUCGAAGUAUGAAAGGGAAAAUAAAUAAACAUAAAUAUGGGUUGUAUUUACAAUGGUUUGUGCUUCACUGGUUGCCCUUUUCUUGUGGCAACAGGUCACAAAUAUUGCUGCUGUGAUGGCACACUGUGGUAUUUCACCUACGAGAUAUGGGAGUUUAUCAAAAUGUGGAUUUAUUUUCAAAUUCUUUGUGGGUCUGUUUAAUCUGAGGAAAAUAUGUCUCUCUAAUAUGGUCAUACAUUUGGCAGGAGGUUAGGAAGUGCAACUCAGUUUCCACCUUUGUGGGCAGUGGGCAGAGCCAGGUCUGCCACUGAGUCUGUACAUAGACAAAGCUUUACUUGGUCCGGUAUUCUGCCACUGUACUCUCUGUUUAGGGUCAAAUAGCAUUCCAGUUUGCUUUGUUUUUUGAUUAGUUCGUUCCAAUGUGUCAAGUAAUUAUCUUUUUGUUUUCUCAUGAUUUGUUUGGGUGUUGCUGUCCUGGGGCUCUGUGGGGUCUGUUUGUGUUUGUGAACUCUUCUCUAGAUUCAACUCUCUGGAGGUGAUGGCUUUGUUUUGGAAGGUUUGGGAAUCGCUUUCUUUUAGGUGGUUUUAGAAUUUAACGGCUCUUUUCUGGAUUUUGAUCAUUAGCAGGUAUCAUCCUAAAUGGCACUGCAUGGUCAAUCCGUGCAGCAUUCACUGUAAUACGGCCUCUGCAGAAGUCAGGGCAUUAGUAUUUAUUGUUCUUCGCGGAUCAGCGCAGAGCUGUUGUGAAGGAAGUACAGGACCUCCCGCCCCCACCUACCAUCAACCAAUCAUGUCAAUGCGGAGCUAUACGGAGCCCUCCGCAUUGUUACACAAUUUCAGAGGCACACGGCGAUGGGGUACGGAGCUCAAUUUGGCCUCUGCAUGCCUCCGGAGCGCCGCAAUUGCGUCACACCCUCCAUACGGAGAUUCCGACCACAUUUUCAGAUUAAGCAUAAAUUGGCUUUUAAUUCUGCUCUGCAUGCAUUAUUUUGUGUUUUACGUUGUACAUGGAGGAUGUUUUUGGCAGAAUUCUGCAUGUCUCAAUUUGGUGUAGUCCAAUUUUGUGAAUUCUUGGUUAGUGAGCAGACCCUAGACCUUACAACUGUAGGAUGCUGAAAACGCAGAUCCCACAGUAGUUAUUGGGGUCAAAUUUGGGGUGAUCAGUCCUGGGUUCCAAAUAUUGGGGAAGAUGCCAGAGGUGAAGACGAUGUUAAAUAGUUUAAGUAUAGCCAAUUGGAAUUUGUGGUCUGUAUAUUUUGUCAUUUAAUUUAGGAUACCAUCAACACCACAGGCCUUUUUGGGUUGGAGGGUUUGUAUUUUGUCCUGUAGUUCAUUCAAUGUAAUUGGAGAAUCCAGCGGGUUCUGGUAGUCUUUAAUAGCUGAUUCUAAGAUUUGUAAUUUAUCAUGUAUAUGUUUUUGCUGUUUGUUCUUUGUUAUAGGGCCAAAAAGAUUGGAGAAGUGGUUUAUCCAUAUGUCUCCAUUUUGGAUAGAGAGCUCUUCGUGUUGUUUGUUUAGUGUGUUCCAAUUUUCCCAGAAGUGGUUAGAUUCUAUGGAUUCUUCAAUUAUAUUGAGCUGGUUUCUGACUGGUUUCUGUACUGUUUGUGUUUCACCAUAGUGAAGGCAUAGGCUCAGGUUUUCUUGGUCUCUGUGUUUGUGGUUAGAUAGGUUUCUCAAUUUCUUUCUUAGGUUUUUGCAUUCUUCAUCAAACCAUUUGUCAUUGUUGUUAAUUUUCUUUGGUUGUCUGCUUGAAAUUUUGGGAUUUGAUAGGGAAGCUGAAAGGUCAAAUAUACUGUUUAGGUUUUCUACUGCCAAGUUUACACCUUCACUAUUGCAAUGAAACGUUUUGUCCAGGAAGUUGUCGAAAAGAGAUUGAAUUUGUUGUUGCCCAAUUGUUUUUUAGUAGGUUUCUACACUACCUUCCUGCCAUCUAUAGUAGUAUGCAGUUUGUUCGGCUUUGACAUCUCAUGAUUCAGUAUUGCACUGUUUAGGUAGACUGUGAUUUUGCUGUGAUCUGAUAUGGGUGUCAGUGGGCUGACUGUGAACACUCACUCUGGGUUGAGGUCAAUGCUAAAGUAAUCUACAGUACUACUGCUAAGGGAUGAGCUAUAGGUGUACCUACCAUAGGAGUCCCCUCAACCCCUACCAUUGACUAUGUAAAGACCCAGCGUGUGACAGAGAUGCAGGAGUUGGGACCCAUUUUUGUUGGUUGUUUCGUCGUAGUUGUGUCUAGGGUGGAAUAUUGCGGAUGGAAUGCUGUCACCUCCAGGUAGAUGUUUGUCCCCCUGUGUGCUAAGAGUGUCAGGUUCUUGUCCAGUUAUGGCAUUUAGGUCGCCACAAACUAGUACAUGUCCCUGGGCCUGGAAGUGGUUUAUCUCCCCCUCUAGGAUGGAGAAGCUGUCAUCGUUAAAGAAUGGGGAUUCUAUUGGGGGGAUGUAGGUAGCACACGUGGACAUUUUCUCUGUUGAGAUAAUCUCCUGAUUUAUUUCUAACCAGAUGUAAAAUGCUCCUGUCUGCUCUAUACCAAAUUAGCAUACCCCCUGAGUCUCUUCCCUGUUUUACUCCUGGUAGUUUGGGGGAUGGGACUACCAGCUCUCUUUAACCUAAAGGGCAACCCGUGGGUCCAUCUCCUCUAUACCAUGUUUCUUGUAGGAUGACAAUGUCUGUAUUUCCGAUUUCUUUGAUGAAGUCUGGGUUCCUGCUCUUUAGGCCAAAGGCAGAUGACCUCAGACCUUGUAUAUUACAGGAAGAGAUAGUGAAAGCUUUGUGUUCCAUAGUGUCUAGUGUUAUUCUUGUGGUUUAGGCUCGGACAAUUAGGAGCAGAGCAUGCUGAGCAUCUGGUGAAUGCCUCUUAGGUCGAUGGAUGGUGCUUGGGUGGGUGUAGUAGUGGGGGUUGGGCUUGUUGCUCUGCUCACGGCCUGGACAUAUGUUUGGCUGUCAUGUUGAGGUCCUUGCUGUAGGGGUGGGGGGCAGAAGGGGCAUAGGCCUGAUCUGGGGGGGCCUAUGUAGGGUGUGGCUAGGGUUUGUUUGGGGGGGGGGGGGGGGCGUGGCUGGUGGUGCUGUGGUCUGGGUGUAGCUCUCUCUCUCUGUAAUGGGUGUGUUGUCCUGGAUAACUCUAAGCACACAUGUAUGAGUCUGCAGGGAGAGAGGGGAGGGAAAGAGAGAGUGAUAGAGAGAGGGUAGAAGGGCUGUGGUGGCAUAAAAAAAUAUAGUCCAAGCCCAACUCCUGCGGGAUAUGGAGAGAUUGAAGAGAGGGAAACAGGGGAUAGAGAGAAAAUAAGAGAGACCCAGGGAUGGAGAUUCAUUGGCCAGCAGGGGCUCAUUUUCCCAGCUCUUUAUCUCAAUAUGAAAUAAUGAGCUAUUUCUGUCUUGCUGCAACUGUGGUGUAGGUGUUGUGCUGUGUUGGGGUGUAGGUAGGUAGGAUAUGUUUUUCUCUGUUUAGUGAAGGACAGGUAGUGGUCUCAUUCUGUCAACACAUGACCAGGAAAUAAACUAUACUUUUUAUUUAUCCUCGUCUCUCUCUCUGGGUAAGGCACUAAUUCAACAACUACAGCCUCACUUAUUCCUCUGUGUGUGCGUUCUUGCUUCAUUAAACUAGGGUUAAUAGCCAGUCACUAGGAGUCAGUGGAAACAUCUCUCUGUCAGUCAGAAUAACAUACAGCUGGCGGGUUAUACACUGUAUCGGCAGGAUAGAACAGCAGCCUCUGGUAAGACAAGGGGUGGUGGUCAAUGUAUAUUUGUAAACAACAGCUGGUGCACGAUAUCUAAUGAAGUCUCGAGGUUUUGCUCGCCUGAGUAUCUCAUGAUAAGCAACGCCUGAGUAUCUCAUGAUAAGCAGGAGACCACACUAUCUACCAAGAGAGUUUUCAUCUAUAUUCUUCAUAGUUGUCUAUUUACCACAACAAACCGAUGCUGGCACUAAGACCGCACUCAAUGAACUGUAUACGGCCUUAAGCAAACAGGAAAACGCUCAUCCAGAGGCAGCGCUCCUAGUGGCCGAUGACUUUAAUGCAGGGAAAUGUACAUCCGUUUUACCUAAUUUCUACCAGCAUAUUAAAUGUGCAACCAGAGGGAAAAAAACUCUAAACCACCUUUACUCCACACACAGAGACACGUACCGAGCUCUCCCUCGCCCUCCAUUUGGCAAAUCUGACCAUAAUUCUAUCCUCCUGAUUCCUGCUUACAAGCAAAAACUAAAGCAGGAAGCACCAGUGACUCGAUCAAUAAAAAAGUGGUCAGAUGAAGCAGAUGCUAAGCUACAGGACUGUUUUGCUACCACAGACUGGAAUAUGUUCCGGGAUUCUUCCGAUGGCAUUGAGGAGUACACCACAUCAGUCACUGGCUUCAUCAAUAAGUGCAUCGAUGACGUCGUCCCCACAAUGACUGUACGUACAUACUCCAACCAGAAGCCAUGGAUUACAGGCAACAUCUGCACUGAGCUAAAUGGUAGAGCUGCCGCUUUCAAGGAGCGGGACUCUAACCCGGAUGCUUAUAAGAAAUCCCGCUAUGCCCUCCGACGAACCAUCAAACAGGCAAAGCGUCAAUGCAGGACUAAGAUGGAAUUGUACUAUACCGGCUCCGACGCUCGUCGGAUGUGGCAGGGCUUGCGAACUAUUACAGACUACAAAGGGAAGCACAGCCGCGAGCUGCCCAGUGACACAACCCUACCAGACGAGCUAAAUUACUUCUAUGCUCGCUUCGAGGCAAGUAACACUGAAACAUGCAUGAGAGCAUCAGCUGUUCCGGACGACUGUGUGAUCACGCUCUCCGUAGCCGAUGUGAGUAAGACCUUUAAACAGGUCAACAUUCACAAGGCCGCAGGGCCAGACGGAUUACCAAGACGUGUACUCCUAGCAUGCGCUGACCAACUGGCAAGUGUCUUCACUGACAUUUUCAACCUCUCCCUGUCUGAGUCUGUAAUACCAACAUGUUUCAAGCAGACCACCAUAGUCCCUGUGCCCAAGAACACUAAGUUAACCUGCCUAAAUGACUACCGACCCGUAGCACUGACCUCUGUAGCCAUGAAGUGCUUUGAAAGGCUGGUCAUGGCUCACAUCAACACCAUUAUCCCAGAAACCCUAGACCCACUCCAAUUUGCAUACCGCCCCAACAGAUCCACAGAUGAUGCAAUCUCUAUUGUGCUCCACACUGCCCUUUCACACCUGGACAAAAGGAACACCUAUGUGAGAAUGAUAUUAAUUGACUACAGCUCAGCGUUCAACACCAUAGUGCCCUCAAAGCUCAUCACUAAGCUAAGGGCCCUGGGACUAAACACCUCCCUCUGCAACUGGAUCCUGGACUUCCUGACGGGCCGCCCCCAGGUGGUAAGAGUAGGUAACAACACAUCUGCCACGCUGAUCCUCAACACGGAGGCCCCUCAGGGGUGCGUGCUCAGUCCCCUCCUGUACUCCCUGUUCACUCAUGACUGCAUGGCCAGGCACGACUCCAACACCAUCAUUAAGUUUGCAGAUGACACAACAGUGGUAGGCCUGAUCACCGACAACGACAAGACAGUCUAUAGGGAGGAGGCCAGAGACCUGGCCGUGUGGUGCCAGGACAACAACCUCUCCCUCAACGUGAUCAAGACAAAGGAGAUGAUUGUGGACUACAGGAAAAAGGAGAGGACCGAGCACGCCCCCAUUCUCAUCGACGGGGCUGUAGUGGAGCAGGUUGAGAGCUUCAAGUUCCUUGGUGUCCACAUCACCAACAAACUAACAUGGUCCAAGCACACCAAGACAGUCGUGAAGAGGGCACGACAAAACCUAUUCCCCCUAAGGAGACUGAAAAGAUUUGGCAUGGGUCCUCAGACCCUCAAAAUGUUCUACAGCUGCACCAUCGAGAGCAUCCUGACUGGUUGCAUCACUGCCUGGUAUGGCAACUGCUCGGCCUCCGACCGCAAGGCACUGCAGAGGGUAGUGCAUAUGGCCCAGUACAUCACUGGGGUCAAGCUUCCUGCCAUCCAGGACUAUACCAGGCGGUGUCAGAGGAAGGCCCUAAAAAUUGUCAAAGACUCCAGCCACCCUAGUCAUAGACUGUUCUCUCUGCUACCGCAUGGCAAGCAGUACCGGAGCGCCAAAUGUCUAGGUCCAAGAGGCUUCUUAACAGCUUCUACCCCCAAGCCAUAAGACUCCUGAACAUCUAAUCAAAUGGCUAACCAGACUACUUGCAUUGCCCCCCCCCCCCCACCCCCCCCCCCCACCCCCUCUUUUACCCUGCUGCUACUCUCUAUUUAUUAUCGAAGCAUAGUCACUUUAAUAACUCAACCUACAUGUACAUAUUACCUCAAUUACCUCGACUAACCAGUGCCCCCGCACAUUGACUCUGUACCAGUACCCCCUGUAUAUAGCCUCGCUAUUGUUAUUUUUACUGCUGCUCUUUAAUUAUUUGUUACUUUUAUUUCGUAUAUUUUUAUAUUGUAUUUUUUUUUUUGAGUUUUUUUGUUGUUGUUGGUAUUCUUAAAACUGCAUUGUUGGUUAAGAGCUUGUAAGUAAGCAUUUCAAUGUAAGGUCUACACCUGUUGUAUUCGGCGCAUGUGACAAAUUACAUUUUAUUUGAUGGCAGGGAUUUUCCUCACAUCAACUGAGCCCAAAAUAAACCUCUCCUCUCCACAACUCUUCAACAGUUACUCCAGCCAGACAAAAUCAAUAUCAUGUUCCCAUUCUGAAAACUUUCUUUCUUUGACUGUGAUGCUGAAAAAAAUCAACCGCCUAUGCCCAUACUCAAGGAAGAAAUACAACCUCAGAAAUGUGGAUUGUAGAACAAGUUGGAUAAAACUAGGCCUAUUUUUCCUGAAACCUUUCGAUGUAAGAGGAGAGAAUUUGAACAUUGAGAGUUUCUGUAAAAAUCCUAACACUUCUGUCUUUCCCUCUCUCCAGGUUUUCGCAAAAAUGAAGACAUGAGAGCGAUGGAGGUGUUGCCUAUUCUAAAGGAAAAAGUUGCCUUCCUAUCAGGUGUGUGUGUGUGUGUGUGUGUGUGAGAGAGAGAAUCCUGGUUUCUUUCUUCAUAAACAAAGCUAAUGGAACAUGACACAUUCGCUACGUAGAGCUUCACACACUGACAGCUACCAGGCAUGGAGCUACACACACGCAUUCUGAGUGAAUUUAUAGCUGUGACCCGUGGCUACUGAGAGGUCAGACACUUGACCUUUGACCCCUCGUAUGCCAGUUCUCAACUAUUUUAGUGUUGAACAUUAUGUCUUUGUGUGCUUUUGAUUGUGUCUGUGUGAGCUAAUGUGUUUGUGUGUGUGUGUGGGUCAUUCCACUUCCUCUUUUGUCUGACUCCAUUCUCCUCCUGUGUGUAGCCAAGGUCACUGACAGAUGGACCAUAAUGACAAGAAGAGAGAGAAAUAGAGAGAGGAAGAGAGAGGCGAGGUCAGAGAGAGUGGUUGCUAUAGCGAUGAGUUACUGUCUGUCAACCGUUUCCCAUAAUGCAUUUUGCUAAAGUACUUGGUUUUGAAAGGAGAGGAGCGGUGGAGGGAGGGAGGGAGGGAGGGAGGGAAAGAGAGGAAGAGGGUAGUGUAGGAAAGAAAGAGGAACGUAUUGAAAUUUGAAGAAAUGUUGAGAGAUGUAUAGAUCGUAUAUCCAGCUACUACUAGGCCUACCUAACACACAUUAACAUAGUCAAAUAAAUUACUGUAGGAUUUCUAUAGAAAUGCCUCUAUAUUUCUGUAUAGGCCUAUUGCUUUCUACAUAGUCUUCCUGAUACAAUAAUGUAUUCCCUGCCAUUCUGAGUACCUGUUCCUGAGAUAAUGCUAUCAUGUGGCCAUGAUCAUACUCAUGGGAAUAUAUGAACUCUCAUGUGUUUCUGACUAUGUCCACCAGGAGGCAGAGGUGUGCGUGCGUACACUACACUGUGCUCUAAGCUGACUGUCCUGUGUGUAUUUGUGUGUGUGUGUGUGUUUGUGUGUUUUCACUCUCUAAGAUGAAUGUUUUCUCCUGUGUGUUCCAGGGGGCAGAGACAGACGCGGAGGUCCAGUGUUAACGUUUCCGUCACGCAGUAACCACGACAGAAUACGAGCUGACGACCUCAGAAGACUCAUAGCGUACCUCGCUGGCAUCCCCAAGUACGUACGUGUGUGUGUGUGUGUGUGUGUGUACAGUACCUGCAUGCGUACAUAUUGUGUGUGUAUUUCUAUGGUUGGUUUAGUCUCUUGGAUUCAGAUCUUUAACCAAACACGAGAGAGAAAGUGCGAGGGAGGGAGUGAUGAAAACAGAGAGCGAUAGAUUGUGGGCCAGAAUACCUGCCGCAGCUCAUCUGUUGCCAAGAACCCUUCCUCCACACUGUCACUAGAGAGAGACAAAUGGAUGGAGAGAGAGAGAUGGAGAGUCCGAACCAAAAGGAGGGAGUGAGGGAUGGAGAGAGCGAGUGGAGCAUAGAGCGGGAGAUGGCAAGGGAUUAAAACAGAGAGAUAGAGCGCAUGUGCGGGGAGGGGGGUGUGUGUUUGUGUGAGUACAACAGAGUGUCGCAGAGGCGGUACGGGUGCUAGAUCAGCACAGUAGUUGUGAUGAUGGCUGCGGAUGAGUAGGUCUUUACGCUGCUGUGCUCUCGUCCUAGGUACGUCUCUCCUUCCAUCGUAUCUCUCUAAUUAAAAUGUAUAUUUUAACGGUUCUUCUACUCUCUCGCUUUCUAUGUAGAGAAGAUGUAGAUCUCUCGCUCCCACUUUUUCUCUAGUUACCUUAUUUGUCUUUCUCUCUCUCUCCCCUCUCUCUCUCUCUGCUUAGUGUAGUGGGAGUCAGAGUUGCUGUUUUAUUUUUUGUUGACCUGGAACACAUCUGCAGACUGUCUGUAGCUGACAGACAGAUGUUAGAAAGAGAGGGAGGGCUGGAUAGAAAGGGAAGGGAUCCAGAAAGAUAGUGGAGGAGAGAAUAAGGGAUUGAGAGAAGAAUAAGGUAUUGAGAGAGAUAAAGGAUAGUAUGCUCCUGAGAGAUAGAAGUCUCUGGGGCUGAGUGUUGUGGUCAGCCGAGAGAGAAAGAGAGCGGGGGGAUAAGUAGAUCCAAUGUUUAUUACUAGCCAUGCAGGAGAUGUAUGAUGCCGUGGGGAGAAUCUUAGUUUAACUACGGUCUUGAUGCUGAUGAUGGAUUGAGUCUCUCUUGCUUUGUUUUGGUUAUUAUACUGAGUGAUUUUUCUUCCAAUUUGGAUGGAAAUCACUGUAGGUUUUUGUGAUUUAUCAUUCUGUGUGUGGGUGUGUGUGUGCGUGCGUUCGCAGUGCGUACUGUAUGUGCUUUUCACAGUACAGAAAAUGCGUCAUCACCAUCUCAUGGUUUGUUUUGAUUCUCUCCCUCCCUCCCUUCCCUCUCUUUCUCUACCUCCCACUCAUCCUCCUCCCUCUGUCUCCACCACUUCUCUCGGCCCCCUCCCCUUUCCCACCCUCCCACUCUUUCGCUACCACCUCUCCCCCUCCUACCUUCUCUCUCCCUCCCACUCUCUCCUCCCUCCCUCCUCCCUCCUCCCUCCUCCUUAUCUUUCCCUACCACCCACUCUCACUCUUUCGCUACCACCUUCCUUCUCCCUCCUCCUCCUCCCUCCCUCGGUCCAGUGAGGAGGUGAUCAAGCAUGGCUUCACAGUCAUAGUGGACAUGCGAGGCAGUAAAUGGGACAGUAUCAAAUCUCUACUGAAGAUCCUCCAGGAGUCGUUCCCCUGCUGUAUACACGUAGCGCUCAUCAUCAAACCAGACAACUUCUGGCAGAAACAACGCACCAACUUCGGCAGCUCCAAGUUCGAAUUUGAGGUAACAUUUUUGUUUUUAUUGUACUAUACUGUUCUGUACUUAGGGUUGCAAAGGGAGGGUAUAUUACUGGAAACUUUCUAAGACAUCUAGUGGCCCUUUUGGGUACUUCAGAUCAUAGGUGUCUGUAAUUAUCUCUGGCCCUCUGUGUUAAUGUCAGAGCGGGCGUAGGUGUGGUGUAGGAAUCAGAUGCAGGACACAGAUGCUAGUCCAAAAAUACUUUAGUAAAGUCCACAAAAAGAACGGCUACAACCAGAGCCGGAGGCACGAGGAAAAUAACGCACACAGCGUAUAAAUGCUAAACACAGCAAACACGCACAACAAGUGCGACUCUCUAUCCAAUACAGAAUAGAGCACUAACUGACUGGAAGCACCAGCUGACAAGGAACAACUACACACAACCACAAGACAGAAACAACGAGAACUUAAAGGACACAUAAUCAAGACAAAAUGAGAAACAGGUGUACCAAAACAGACCAAACCAAACAAACACAGAAACAAUGAACGGUGGCAGCUAGUACUCCGGAGACGACGACCGCCGAAGCCUGCCCGAACAAGGAGAAGGAGCAGCCUCGGCCGAAACCGUGACAGUUAAAUAGAUAAAAUAAUCAAAUAAGAUGAUUUUAAAAUAAACAAUUGAAUGACAAAGCUGUAAAACAUUAAAUAUAAACCAUAAACUUAGUGAAUACCAUUGGUUUUUAAUAUGAGGGUUUCAGCAUGAAAUAUCUUCUUUUUUUUUGUCAAUAUGUUGUUGUUGUAAAAAAAUGUGGCCCCAAAUUGGUGGCAGUUGUGAAAAAAGUUAAGAGUUAUGACAUUGUUGAUUUAGAUGUUUUUUUCAUUAAUUAGGCUAUUUUCUCUUGAACCAUAUGGUCGAUCCACUAGAAACUGAUGGAAUACUAGUGCAUUCGGAAAGUAUUCAGACCCCAAGACCUUUUCCACAUUUUGUUACGUUACAGCCUUAUUCUAAAAUGGAUUAAAUAAAUACAAAUCCUCAUCAAUCUACACACAAUACCCCAUAAUGACAAAGCGAAACCAGGUUUUUAUAAAUUUUUGCAAAUGUAUAAAAAAAACUAAAAACAGAAAUACCUUAUUUACAUAAGUAUUCAGACCCUUUGCUAUGAGGUGCAUCCUGUUUCCAUUGAUCAUCCUUGAGAUGUUUCUACAACUUGUUUCUACAACUUGAUUGGAGUCCACCUUUGGUAAUUUCAAUUGAUUGGACAUUAUUUGGAAAGGCACACACCUGUCUAUAUAAGGUCCCACAGUUGACGGUUCAUGUCAGAGCAAAAACCAAGCCAUGAGUUCGAAGGAAUUGUCCGUAGAGCUCCGAGACAGGAUUGUGUCGAGGCACAGAUCUGGGGAAGGGUACCAAAAAAUGUCUGCAGCAUUGGAAGGUCCCCAAGAACACAGUGGCCUCCAUCAUUCUUAAAUGGAAGAAGUUUGGAACCACCAAGACUCUUCUUAGCGCAGGCCGCCCGGCCAAACUGAGCAAUCAGGGGAGAAGGGCCUUGGUCAGGGAGGUGACCAAGAACCCGAUGGUCACUCUGGCCAAGCUCCAGAGUUCCUCUGUGGAGAUGGGUGAACCUUCCAGAAGGACAACCAUCUCUGCAGCACUCCACCAAUCAGGCCUUUAUCGUAGAGUGGCCAGAGGGAAGCCACUCCUCAGUAAAAGGCACAUGACAGCCUGCUUGGAGUUUGCCAAAAGGCACCUAAAGGACUCUCAGACCAUGAGAAACAAGAUUCUCUGGUCUGAUGAAACCAAGAUUGAACUCUUUGGCCUGAAUGCCAAGCGUCACGUCUGGAGGAAACCUGGCACCAUCCCUAUGGUGAAGCAUGGUGGUGGCAGCAUCAUGCUGUGGGGAUGUUUUUCUGCGGCAGGGACUGGGAGACUAGUCAGGAUCGAGGGAAAGAUGAACGGAGCAAAGUACAGAGAGAUCCUUGAUGAAAACCUGCUCCAGAGCGCUCAGGACCUCAGACUGGGUUCAAAGGUUCACCUUCCAACAGGACAAUGACCCUAAGCACACAGUCAAGACAACGCAGGAGUGGCUUCGGGACAAGUCUCUGAAUGUCCUUGAGUGGCCCAGCCAGAGCCCGGACUUGAACCCGAUCGAACAUCUCUGGAGAGACCUGAAAAUAGCUGUGCAGUGACGUUCCCCAUCCAACCUGACAGAGCUUGAAAUGAUCUACAGAGAAGAAUGGGAGAAACUCCCCAAAUACAGGUGUGCCAAGCUUGUACCUUCAUACCCAAGAAGACUCGAGUCUGUAAUUGCUGCCAAAGGUGCUUCAACAAAGUACUGAGUAAAGGGUCUGAAUAUUUAUGUAAAUGUGAUAUUUCUGGUUAUUAUUUUUGAAAAAUGUGCGGAAAUGUCUGAAAACCUGUUUUUGCUUCGUCAUUAUGGGGUAUUGUAUGUAGAUUGAUGAGGGAAAAAAACAAUUUAAUCAAUUUUAGAAUAAGACUGUAACGUAACAAAAUAUGGAAAAAGUAAAGGGGUCUGAAUACAUUCCGAAUGCACUGUAUGAAUACAUUUAAAAAAAGUUAUUAAAGUAUAAAUUACCGAAGUUACCAUACAUUGCCAUAGAUAGCCAAAAUUAUAGAAGAUUCCGGUGACUAAAUUACCGGUAACUUUGCAACCCUAACUAUACUAUACUAUGCUAUACUGUGGUCCUCUGUAGCUCAGCUGGUAGAGCACGGUGGUGCUUGUAAUGCCAAGGUAGUGGGUUCGAUCCCCGGGACCACCCAUACACAAAAAUGUAUGCACGCAUGACUGUAAGUCGCUUUGGAUAAAAGCGUCUGCUAAAUGGCAUAUAUAUAUAUAUAUAUACUAUACUGUACUGUACCAUGUCACUGCAUUCAUUGCAUUUUAAUGACUGUGCCUUUGCUGAAACGUAACAAAUUCAACAACAAUAGGGUAUGUUUUGGACUGUGACUUUGAGGUGUACCGCUUAUUAUACUCUUUGCUGUUUUAAAUGUGUUAUUUAGAAUCACAAUGGGAUAUUCUAUGGAACUCUGCUUGUUUUAAUUCACACACACACACACACACACACACACACACACACACACACACACACACACACACACACACACACACACUGCUGUUUUGAAUUGUUUUUGAUAGGCUUGUAGGCUUGAUUACUUGUAAUAGUGUUGAAAAUCCUGCAGAGCAAUGCAAUAAUGUAAUGAAGCUCUAGGUUAUUAGCUUUGAUUUAUUUGCUGGUUUUAUUUGCCGUGUCUGUGAUGUGUAGAGCGCUACUUUUGUUGUUGUAUUAAGUUGACACACACACACAGCCACACACACAGUCACACAUACAGCCACACACACAGCCACACAUACACAGCCACCCUGUUAGAGCAAUGCUGUGGUAUUGGGUUGUCUCAGAGGGCUUUAUUGAUUGGUUGAUGGUGUGUAAAGCCGUGUGUCACUCUGUCAGCCAGUCGCCACAGGGCCACAGAACACACACGUGAUUAAACACCACCCAUUCUCUUUAUCCUGCUGUGUGCGUGUGUGCGUGUGCGCGAGACCAAUGUGUGCGUGUGUCAAAUCCAACGUUAUUUGUCACGUGCCGAAUACAACAGCUGUAGACCUUACCGUGAAAUGCUUACUUACAAGCCCUUAACCAACAAUGGCAUUUUUUAAACAAGUAAGUAAGAAAAUAUUAACAUAAAAAUAAAAUAAAGUAAGAAAGAAGUAACACUAUAAAAAAACAACGAGGCUACAGUUGAAGUCGGAUGUUUACAUACACUUAGGUUGGAGUCAUUAAAACUUGUUUUUCAUCCACUCCACACAUUUCUUGUUAACAAACUAUCGUUUUGGCAAGUCGGUUAGGACAUCUACUUCGUGCAUGACACAAGUAAUUUUCCAACAAUUGUUCACAGACAGAUUAUUUCACUUAUAAUGCACUGUAUCACAAUUCCAGUGGGUCAGAAGUUUACAUACACUAAGUUGACUGUGCCUUUAAACAGCUUGGAAAAUUCCAGAAAAUGAUGUCAUGGCUUUAGAAGCUUCUGAUAGGCUAAUUGACAUCAUUUGAGUCAAUUGGAGGUGUACCUGUGGAUGUAUUUCAAGGCCUACCUUCAAACACAGUGCCUCUUUGCUUGACAUCAUGGGGAAAAAAAUUGCAGACUUCCACAAGUCUGGUUCAUCCUUGGGAGCAAUUUCCAAACGCCUGAAGGUACCACGUUCAUCUGUACAAACAAUAGUACGCAAGUAUAAACACCAUGGGACCACGCAGCCGUCAUAUCGCUCAGGAAGGAGACGCGUUCUGUCUCCUAGAGAUGAACGUACUUUGGUGCGAAAAGUGCAAAUCAAUCCCAGAACAACAGCAAAGGACCUUGUGAAGAUGCUGGAGGAAACAGGUACAAAAGUAUAUAUAUCCACAGUAAAACGAGUCCUAUAUCGACAUAACCUGAAAGGCCGCUCAGCAAGGAAGAAGCCACUGCUCCAAAACCGCCAUAAAAAAGCCAGACUACAGUUUGCAACUGCACAUUGUGGACAAAGAUUGUACUUUUGGAGAAAUCUCCUCUGGUCUGAUGAAACAAAAAUAGAACUGUUUGGCCAUAAUGACCAUCGUUAUGUUUGGAGGAAAAAGGGGGAACGCUUGCAAGCCGAAGAACACCAUGCCAACUGUGAGGAACGGGGGUGGCAGCAUCAUGCUGUUGGGGUGCUUUGCUGCAGGAGGGACUGGUGCACUUCACAAAAUAGAUGGCAUCAUGAGGAAGGAAAAUUAUGUGGAUAUACAGUGGGGAAAAAAGUAUUUAGUCAGCCACCAAUUGUGCAAGUUCUCCCACUUAAAAAGAUGAGAGAGGCCUGUAAUUUUCAACAUAGGUACACGUCAACUAUGACAGACAAAUUGAGAAAGAAAAAUCCAGAAAAUCCCAUUGUAGGAUUUUUAAUGAAUUUAUUUGCAAAUUAUGGUGGAAAAUAAGUAUUUGGUCACCUACAAACAAGCAAGAUUUCUGGCUCUCACAGACCUGUAACUUCUUCUUUAAGAGGCUCCUCUGUCCUCCACUCGUUACCUGUAUUAAUGGCACCUGUUUGAACUUGUUAUCAGUAUAAAAGACACCUGUCCACAACCUCAAACAGUCACACUCCAAACUCCACAAUGGCCAAGACCAAAGAGCUGUCAAAGGACACCAGAAACAAAAUUGUAGACUUGCACCAGGCUGGGAAGACUGAAUCUGCAAUAGGUAAGCAGCUUGGUUUGAAGAAAUCAACUGUGGGAGCAAUUAUUAGGAAAUGGAAGACAUACAAGACCACUGAUAAUCUCCCUCAAUCUGGGGCUCCACGCAAGAUCUCACCCCGUGGGGUCAAAAUGAUCACAAGAACGGUGAGCAAAAAUCCCAGAACCACACGGGGGGACCUAGUGAAUGACCUGCAGAGAGCUGGGACUAAAGUAACAAAGCCUACCAUCAGUAACACACUACGCCGCCAGGGACUCAAAUCCUGCAGUGCGAGACGUGUCCCCCUGCUUAAGCCAGUACAUGUCCAGGCCCGUCUGAAGUGCAUUUGGAUGAUCCAGAAGAGGAUUGGGAGAAAGUCAUAUGGUCAGAUGAAACCAAAAUAUAACUUUUUGGUAAAAACUCAACUCGUCAUGUUUGGAGGACAAAGAAUGCUGAGUUGCAUCCAAAGAACACCAUACCUACUGUGAAGCAUGGGGGUGGAAACAUCAUGCUUUUGGGCUGUUUUUCUGCAAAGGGACCAGGACGACUGAUCCGUGUAAAGGAAAGAAUGAAUGGGGCCAUGUAUCGUGAGAUUUUGAGUGAAUACCUCCUUCCAUCAGCAAGGGCAUUGAAGAUGAAACGUGGCUGGGUCUUUCAGCAUGACAAUGAUCCCAAACACACCGCCCCAUGGCAACGAAGGAGUCGCUUCGUAAGAAGCAUUUCAAGGUCCUGGAGUGGCCUAGCCAGUCUCCAGAUCUCAACCCCAUAGAAAAUCUUUGGAGGGAGUUGAAAGUCUGUGAUGCCCAGCGACAGCCCCAAAACAUCACUGCUCUAGAGGAGAUCUGCAUGGAGGAAUGGGCCAAAAUACAAGCAACAGUGUGUGAAAACCUUGUGAAGACUUACAGAAAACGUUUGACCUGUGUCAUUGCCAACAAAGGGUAUAUAACAAAGUAUUGAGAAACUUUUGUUAUUGACCAAAUACUUAUUUUCCACCAUCGUUUGCCAAUAAAUUCAUUAAAAAUCCUACAAAGUGAUUUUCUGGAUUUUUUUUUCUCAUUUUGUCUGUCAUAGUUGACGUGUACCUAUGAUGAAAAUUACAGGCCUCUCUCAUCUUUUUAAGUGGGAGAACUUGCACAAUUGGUGGCUGACUAAAUACUUUUUUUCCCCACUGUAUUGAAGCAACAUCUCAAGACAUCAGUCAGGAAGUUAAAGCUUGGUCGCAAAUGGGUCUUCCAAAUGGACAAUGACCCCAAGCAUACUUCCAAAGUUGUGGCAAAAUGGCUUAAGGACAACAAAGUCAAGGAAUUGGAGUGGCCAUCACAAAGCCCUGACCUCAAUCCUAUAUAACUUUUGUGGGCAGAACUGAAAAAGCGUGUGCGAGCAAGGAGGCCUACAAACCUGACUCAGUUACACCAUCUCUGUCAGGAGGAAUGGGCCAAAAUUCACCCAACUUAUUGUGGGAAGCUUGUGGAAGGCUACCCGAAACGUUUGACCCAAGUUAAACAAUUUAAAGGCAAUGCUACCAAAUACUAAUUGAGUGUAUGUAAACUUCUGACCCACUGGGAAUGUGAUGAAAGAAAUAAAAGCUGAAAUAAAUCAUUCUCUCUACUAUUAUUCUGACAUUUCACAUUCUUAAAAUAAAGUGUUGAUCCUAACUGACCUAAGACAGGGAAUCUUUACUAGGAUUAAAUGUCAGGAAUGUAUUUGGCUAAGGUGUAUGUAAACUUCCGACUUCAACUGUAUAUACAGUGCAGGGGGUACCUGUACAGUGUCAAUGUGCGGGGGUACAGGUUAGUCGAGGUCAUUGAGGUGAUAUGGGGUACAGGUUAGUCGAGGUCAUUGAGGUAAUAUGGGGUACAGGUUAGUCGAGGUCUUUUAGGUAAUAUGGGGUACAGGUUAGUCGAGGUCAUUGAGGUAAUAUGGGGUACAGGUUAGUCGAGGUCAGUGAGGUAAUAUGGGGUACAGGUUAGUUGAGGUCAUUGAGGUAAUAUGGGGUACAGGUUAGUCCAGGUCAUUGAGGUAAUAUGGGGUACAGGUUAGUCCAGGUCAUUGAGGUAAUAUGUACAUGUGCCCGCUUGGGUGUUUUUCAGCGCCACGUUUUGCUCAGUGAAAAUCACUUUUCCAUCCAAUGCUGGGUUAUGCUUUUAAAAUGUUGAAGGAAUAGAGAGAGAUAUGGAGAGAUGGGCUGAUGCAUUCUAACCUGGAUUUGUCAAUAGAAGAUAACUCUUAGAAUUGUGUUUUGCUCCUUCUGUCCGCCUUUCUUUGGGAUUAGAGUUUCUCAUCUUUUUUAUUUCUCUCUCUCUCUCUAAUCUUGCCCACGCAAGGCUUUGUCAGGUCUAUCCUCAUUCCUCACUCCUCUCUCUAUCCUUCAAUCUGACACAGAGUGUGGGUGUUAACCUUGCUGUGUGGGUUGGUAUUAUCUUGGCAGUGAGAGUGGAAACAAUCUCUCCCAUAUUUCUCAAUCUGUAUAGACAUAUCUUUACCUUUUCUGAGGUAAAAGUCAUUUUCUAAAUGUCCCCAAAACGCUAUAUGAAAUCAGCAGACUUAAUCAAUGAUAAAGAGAAAGGGAAACUGAGAGAUGAGACUUUUUUUUGUCACAGCCAAUCAAAUGUGUCUGCCUGAGUGUCUGAAUCACCAUUAUUGUGUCACUGACAGAGUGGGCACAGAGUGGGCACAGAGUGGGCAUUGAACUUCUCCUGAUCCCGUUUACCAUUGUUUACCAAAAGGCAGUGAUGAUUUUGUUAGAAUUGAUUAAAACCUUCUCUAUCCCUCCCUCUUCCCUUUCUUUCCCUUCCCUCUUUAUCUUUCCUCCUCAUCUCUGCGUUCUUCCCCCUCUCCAUCUCUCUCUAGACCACCAUGGUAUCGUUGGAGGGUCUAUCUAAGGUGGUUGACCCCUCCCAGCUGACCCCUGAUUUCGAGGGAAGUCUGGAAUACAACCAUGACGAGUGGAUCGAGGUACGACCAGUCUAUCAAUUAAUCAAUCUAUGGUUUGCAAAAACUAAAAUACACUGACUAAAACACACACACACACACACACUUUAGCUCUAUUAGUCAGUACUAAAACCACAAGUCAAUCAAUCCAUCAAUCAAUCAAUCCAUACAGUAUCUGCGUUCUUUUCCAGGUGCGGGUUGCAUUUGAGGAGUUUACGGGGCACGCGGGUCACAUGUUGUCGAGGCUGGAGGAGAUGCAGGAGGUGGUGGCGAGGAAAGACUUCCCCACGGAUCUGGACGGGGCUCGGCGCAUGAUAGAGGAACACGCCACGCUGAAGAAGAAAGUCAUCAAAGCUCCAAUAGAGGAACUGGAUACGGAGGGACAGAGGUAGGCUGCGCACCACACACAGACACACACACACACGCACUCGGAAACAGACUGAUGGUGAGGCUAAUUUUACACUGCUGAUGGUGUGUGUGUGUGUGUGUGUGUGUGUGUAUGUUGUUUCACGUUAUGUCCUCUCUCUCCCACGCUGUGUGUGUCCUCUCCCAGGUUACUGCAGCGUAUCCAGAGCAGUGAGUCGUACAGGAACUCUAACGCCAGCGGUGUGUGUAACGCUGACUCCCAGGGGCUGAUGCCACGCGUCGCCACCCUGCUGGACAAACUCCACACCACACGACAACACCUCCACCAGGCCUGGCACAUCAGGAAACUCCAGCUGGACCAGUGCUUCCAGCUACGCCUCUUCGAACAGGACGCUGAGAAGGUAUCAUGGCUGGAUGGAUAGAUAGUAAAGGAAAAGACAAGUGCAACAGUUAAAAGUGCUAGUAUGAUUUGUUUGUGUGUGUGAAGAGGGGGUGAAUCGAUCCAGUGUAAUAGACUAAUAGAGUAUCAUUGAUACUGUAGAUAGUUUCAGUAGAAUAGACAGGUAGCAGUGUUGGACUGCGGUAGGGGCUUGUUGCUAGGACACCAUAGACAGUAGUUAGCUCUGAAGAGGCUGUUGGUAUUCUCUUAUGACACUCAUCUCUCUUCUCCCUGUGCCUUGUGCUUCACAGAUACAUCUAUAUGUGUAUAAAUGUAUAUAUGUACAGUACCAGUCAAAAGUUUGGACACACCUACUCAUUCAAGGGUUUUUCUUUAUUUUUUACUAUUUUCUACAUUGUAGAGUAAUAGUGAAGACGUCAAAACUAUGAAAUAACACAUAUGGAAUCAUGUAGUUACAAAAAGUGUUAAACAAAUCAAAAUCUAUUUUAUAUUUGAGAUUCUUCAAAGUAGCCACCCUUUGCCUUGAUGAGAGCUUUGCACACUCUUGGCAUUCUCUCAACCAGAUUCACCUGGAAUGCUUUUCCAACAGUCUUGAAGGAGUUCCUACAUAUGGUGAGCACUUGUUGGCUGAUUUUCCUUCACUCUGCGGUCCAACUCAUCCCAAACCAUCUCAAUUGGGUUGAGUUCGGGUGAUUGUGGAGGCCAGGUCAUCUGACGCAGCACUCCAUCACUCUCCUUCUUGGUCAAAUAGCCCUUACACAGCCUGGAGGUGUGUUGGGUCAUUGUCCUGUUGAAAAACAAAUGAUAGUCCCACUAAGCCCAAACCAGAUGGGAUGACGUAUCGCUGCAGAAUGCUGUGGUAGCCAUGUUGGUUAUGUGUGCCUUGAAUUCUAAAUAAAUCACAGACAGUGUCACCAGCAAAGCACCCACACACCAUAACACCUCCUCCUCCACGCUUCACGAUGGGAAACACACAUGCGGAGAUCAUCCGUUCACCUACUCCGCAUCUCACAAAGACACGGCGGUUGGAACCAAAAAUCUCAAAUUUGGACUCAUCAGACCAAAGGACAGAUUUCCACUGGUCUAAUGUCCAUUGCUUGAGUUUCUUGGCCCAAGCAAGUCUCCUCUUCUUAUUGGUGACCUUUAGUAGUGGUUUCUUUGCAGCAAUUCGACCAUGAAGGCCUGAUCCACACAGUCCCCUCUGAACGGUUGAUGUUGAGAUGUGUCUGUUACUUGAACUCUGUGAAGCACUUAUUUUGGCUGCAGUCUGAGGUGCAGUUAACUCUAAUGAACUUAUCCUCUGCACCAAAGGUAACUCUGCGUCUUUCUUUCCUGUGGCGGUCCUCUUGAGAGCGACUGCACUUGAAGAAACGUUCAAAGUUCUUGAAAUGUUCCGUAUUGACUGACCUUCAUGUCUUAAAGUAAUGAUGGACUGUCGUUUCUCUUUACUUAUUUGAGCUGUUCUUGCCAUAAUAUGGACUUGGUCUUUUACCAAAUAGGGCUAUCUUCUGUAUACCACCCCUACCUUGUCACAACACAACUGAUUGGCUCAAACGCAUUAAGAAGGAAAGAAAUUCCACAAAUGAACUUUUAACAAGGUACACCUGUUAAUUGAAGUACAUUCCAGGUGACUACCUCAUGAAGCUGGUUGAGAGAAUGCCAAGAGUGUGCAAAGCUGUCAUCAAGGCAAAGGGUGGCUAUUUGAAGAAUCUCAAAUAUAAAAUAUAUUUGGAUUUGUUUAACACAUUUUUGGUUACUACAUUAUUCUAUAUGUGUUAUUUCAUAGUUUUGAUGUCUUCACGAUUCUACAAUGUAAAAAAUAGUAAAAAUAAAGAAAAACCCUUGAAUGAGUAGGUGUGUCCAAACUUUUGACUGGUAGUGUAUAUACACACACACACACUUGCAAGAAAGUGUUUUUGCACACAUGUUUCUACAUGCACACGUGCAAGCAUACACACUCAACACAUACACACACAUACAGUACACACAAAGAUAAACCUACACACAAGCACACUCUACUGUCUGUAGCUGUUGGCUGCCUGCCCUAUCCCAUCUCUAACGUGUGUGUGUGUGUGUCUUUUCUUCAGAUGUUUGAUUGGAUCAUGCACAACAAGGGUCUGUUCCUGGCUGGCUACACAGAGAUCGGCAACAACCACCCACACGCCAUGGAGCUACAGACACAACACAACCACUUUGCUAUGAACUGCAUGGUAAGAACACACAUACAGACAGGAAUCAGCACACAUGCACGCACGCUAUACACACACACACACACCGAGCAGCGGUCUAUUAGAUAACUAGAAGCAGUAUCCAUACAGGCUUACAUAAUGGUUCUGAAACUGAUGUUUUUAAAGGGGUUAUCUGCAGUUGCUACAUCCAUUUUCGGACUUAUAAAUUAAUGAUAAAGGCCUUGUUAUUGUUUCAACUGCAGAUUGCCCCUUUAAAGUAGGAUAUUAAUCUACUGUGUUGCCUCAGCUAGAUGAUGACUCUGCAGAUGGAAACUCACACUGACAUUUAGCUCUAAAAAAAUGCACUAAAAAAAUGCUCUGCACUAAAAAAAUGCUCUCUCUCGCUCUCCCUCGUGUGUACACAUACCCUGACUAGUUCAGAUGCUCUGGGGCUAAGUCCAUAGGGAAUCCAUAGGUAGCUAUUACAAAGCUGGCAUCCUUCCAUACUGACAUCACUCCAAUCCUUUCUAAAACCAGAAUCUGUAAUCCAGUGUAAUGCCAGUACGCUAAAUUGGGGUUUUCGGUAUUGACUUAUUUUUUGCUUAUUGUGAAAUAUCUGUAUUUUUAUUUGUCUGUUAUCUGAAUAGCUAAAUAAACCAAAUCAAUCUCUCUCACCCUCUCCCUCCCCCUUCCUCACCCCAUUCCCCUCCCCUGUCCAGAACGUGUAUGUGAACAUCAACAGGAUAAUGUCAGUGGGUAACAGGCUGUUGGAGUCUGGUCACUAUGCCUCGGUGCAGAUUAAACAGAUUUCAGGUCAGCUGGAAGCGGAGUGGAAAGCCUUCGCUGCUGCCCUGGAUGAACGCAGCACACUGCUGGAGAUGUCUGCCGCCUUCCAGCAGAAAUGUGACCAGGUGGGUGGUGGUGGUACACACACGCUCGCGUGUGAACGCACACGCAAAUGCAGGAACACACACAUCCAAGCAGGUAGGCAGGCACACACACAGAAUUGCUGAGUUUGUAGAAUUCCAAAUGCAGAAUCAGGGCGGUCCUCUUUCCCAAUAGGAAUAUUCCAUAUUAUUACUCUCAUCCUUGCAUCCUUCCAUGUUCCACAGUUAAAGAAAGAAAAACAGUACAUUUUCCAUGAAAUUGAACUAUUUUCCAUAGAUGCUACUUCACAAGGCCUCUCUCCUGUCUUUGUGUAUUCUGAUUGCUCGAGGGUAGACACAUGGAGAAUACAUGGACACACUCAUACACACAUACACACACAUUCCGUGGUGUGUGUGUAUGUGUUUGAUCUCUGAAUGAUGAGAGCGUGCAGUGAGAUUACAAUUAGAUUAGAAUCCUACUGUGUUGGUUUGUUUAAUAUCCCCAUGUGUGACUUGUUCUUUUAUUUUAUUCUCUGCUAUGUCUUUUUGUCCCCCACGUUGAAAUCGGGGAGGGGACUGUGGAUCGAUCUCCGUCCGGCCAUCUGUCCGUUCGUUCAUAUGUUAGUCACACGCGAUAUCUCAGACAACACUGGCCCGAUUUUGACGAAACUUGGGUGAAUGAUGCGUCUUGCCAUAGAGAUCCGGCAUUUACAAAUUACACUGAUUGGCGGGAGCUAUAGUAAUUAACUGACAUUUGAGAGUCCCUCCAGAGAGGAAGAGGUGAAGCGCGAGGGAUAACUGGGCCCAAAAUCCCUCUUCUCCAGCAGGUGGCGUUUUUUCUUUGGCACAUUACAUGGAAUACAGGGAGUGGAUUAGCUGAAGAGACUGCAUGGCUCGACGUUCAGGGCUGCCCGCUGGCCCGGCAACAUCUGCCGAGCUCACCGGGCCAGUUAAUCAAGUUUUCAGAUAGCCUGCUUGGGCCAGUACAUUCCCAAACAAUCACAUGAUGUUAUUAGAGCCAGUAGGAGUUUUGAUAGGACAUUAAACAAGCAACAAGAUCACAUUUAGUCUAAUGACUAGCCUAUUGUGGUAAACAAUGCAGAGAAACCCAAUGCUUCAGCCAUGUAGCCACGAGGCUGUAUCAGACAGGUGAUAAUGCUAAUUGCUAAAAUAGCACACCUGCCUGAUAAUAUGUACAGGCUCUAAAAAUAUUGCUUUUCAUCAAAAUGUUAUUGGGCUAAUUUCUGGAGGGGAUCAUUCGUGGGGGAUGUUUACUGUUGCCUUGUUUUCCUUUAAUGUUUUUAGUUUGUUUUCCUCUAUUGUCCCAUCAGGAUUGGAAUCAUUUACAAAGAACUAACCUAGCCAUGUGACAUCCAUGUUAUCAUGGUGGAAUCAUGGUAGAAUAAUGCAAAGGGUGGCUAUUUGAAGAAUAUAAAAUAUAACAUUUAUUUUGAUUUGUUUAACACUUUUUUGGUUACUACAUGAUUGCAUAUGUGUUAUUUCAUAGUUUUGAUGUCUUCACUAUUAUUCUACAAUGUAAAAAUAAAGAAAAACCCUUGAUUGAGUAGGUGUGUCCAAACCUUUGACUGGUACUGUACAUAGUUACUAGACUCAGCGCUUUGAGCAUCGGGUGAGUGUGUGUGUGUGUUCCUCUCUAUAGUACAUGAGUAACAUGGACUCGUGGUGUAAAGUGUGUGUAAUGUGUAUCUGUUCCUGUUCCUGUCUCUACAGUACAUGAGUAACAUGGACUCGUGGUGUAAAGUGUGUGUAAUGUGUAUCUGUUCCUGUUCCUGUCUCUACAGUACAUGAGUAAUGUGGACUCGUGGUGUAAAGUGUGUGUAAUGUGUAUCUGUUCCUGUUCCUGUCUCUACAGUACAUGAGUAAUGUGGACUCGUGGUGUAAAGUGUGUGUAAUGUGUAUCUGUUCCUGUUCCUGUCUCUACAGUACAUGAGUAAUGUGGACUCGUGGUGUAAAGUGUGUGUAAUGUGUAUCUGUUCCUGUUCCUGUCUCUACAGUACAUGAGUAAUGUGGACUCGUGGUGUAAAGCGUGUGUAAUGUGUAUCUGUUCCUGUUCCUGUCUCUACAGUACAUGAGUAAUGUGGACUCGUGGUGUAAAGUGUGUGUAAUGUGUAUCUGUUCCUGUUCCUGUCUCUACAGUACAUGAGUAAUGUGGACUCGUGGUGUAACGUGUGUGUAAUGUGUAUCUGUUCCUGUUCCUGUCUCUACAGUACAUGAGUAAUGUGGACUCGUGGUGUAAAGCGUGUGUAAUGUGUAUCUGUUCCUGUUCCUGUCUCUACAGUACAUGAGUAAUGUGGACUCGUGGUGUAACGUGUGUGUAAUGUGUAUCUGUUCCUGUUCCUGUCUCUACAGUACAUGAGUAAUGUGGACUCGUGGUGUAAAGCGUGUGGAGAGGUGGAUCUACCCUCGGAGCUCCAGGACCUAGAAGAUGCUAUCCACCACCACCAGGGCCUCUACGAACACAUCACUGCUGCCUACUCAGAGGUAAACGGCACUGCUGCAUACCCAGAGGUAACAUACCUGUGUGUGGGUGUAGGUGUGAGUGUAGAUCAAUGGAAGCUGGUGGGAGGAGCUAUAGGGGGACAGGCUCAUUGUAAUGGCUGGAAUGGAAUGAAUGGAACAUUAUCAAUAAAUGGAAACCACGUUUGACUCCGUUCUGUUUAUUCCAUUCCAGCCAUUACAAUGAGCCCGUCCUCCAAUAGCUCCUCCCACCAGCCUCCUCUGGUGUAGGUGUGUUGGUUUGGGUGUGAUGGUUAGUGUGGGUGUGGGAGUGAUGGUUAGGGUGGGAGUGAUGGUUAGGGUGGGAGUGAUGGUUAGGGUGGGUGUGAUGGUUAGGGUGGGUGUGAUGGUUAGGGUGUGAUGGUUAGGGUGGGUGUGAUGGUUAGGGUGGGUUUGAGGUAUCACUAGCAAGUUCUAUACCAACAUGUUUCCCUCCCCCUCCCCCAGGUCAGCCAGGACGGUAAGGCCCUAUUGGAUAAGCUUCAGCGCCCUCUGACCCCGGGGGGGGCUGAUUCGCUGACAGCCUCGGCCAACUACAGCAAGGCGGUGCACCAUGUGCUGGAUGUCAUACACGAGGUGCUGCACCACCAGAGACAACUGGAGAAUAUCUGGCAACACCGCAAAGUCCGCCUGCACCAGAGGCUCCAGCUGUGUGUGUUCCAGCAAGACGUACAGCAGGUGUGUACUAGUUCUGUUCCUGUGUGGCUCAGUUGGGAAGAGCCUGGCUCUAGCAACGCCAAGGUCGUGGGUUCAAUACCCGCAGGGAUCACAUAAAUGAUACACAUACUGGAAAUGUAUGGACACACUCACUAGUAGGCAUCACCCUCGUAGCCAGCCAAGGUAACUGUUGCCAUGGUGACGCUGCUGGCCAGUAUCCACCGGGACCACCCAUACACAAAAAUGUAUGCACGCAUGACUGUAAGUCGCUUUGGAUAAAAGCGUCUGCUAAAUGGCAUAUUAUUAUUAUUAUUAUUAUUAUAUCCAGGUGAGGGGUAUUCUGCCAAGUGGUAGAGGGAGGGAUGGAGAAAGAUCUGCGAAGGAGGGAGAGAGCAGGACAAGGGAGGUGUGAAGAGGGAGAAAGAAAGGUGGGAGGAAUGGGAGGGUUUUGUCUAGAAGGGAUACAGCUUUUCGUAGCAGGUUUAGGAGAACUUACGCAGCAGGUUAGGAGAAUUAACAGAGCAGAUAAGGGGAAUUAGGUUAAGGUUAGGGUUAGCAAAAAUGCAUCAAUUUGACAAAAGCUGUACGCCAUCUAGACAUGACCAGACAGGAGAGAACUCAUCCUCUCUGUCAUCUCCCUUCCUCUGCCUACUGACUGGAGUAGUGUGCUGUUCUAUCAACCCUGUCAUCUCCCUUCCUCUGCCUACUGACUGGAGUAGUGUGCUGUUCUAUCAACCCUGUCAUCUCCCUUCCUCUGCCUACUGACUGGAGUAGUGUGCUGUUCUAUCAACCCUGUCAUCUCCCUUCCUCUGCCUACUGACUGGAGUAGUGUGCUGUUCUAUCAACCCUGUCAUCUCUCUUCCUCUGCCUACUGACUGGAGUAGUGUGCUGUAAUGUCUAUCCCUACAGUUCCCCUAGUGGUGGACUGGCAGCACGACACCCCCUUUUUCCUCUGGCCAACAGCCUCAACUUCUAUGCCACUUAGCUAACGUGCAUGCUUGUGUGUGUGCAGGUUCUGGACUGGAUAGAGAACCAUGGGGAGGCGUUCCUCAGUAAACACACAGGCGUAGGGAAGUCCCUCCAUCGAGCCAGAGCACUACAGAAACGACACGAGGACUUCGAGGAGGUCGCCCAGGUAGGACACCUCUCUUCAUGUCUCUGCCUUGACCUUUCCUCUCUCUAUCACAUACUCUCUCUCUCUCCGUCUUUGCACUAAAGUAAAGUGUAUCUCUCUCUCUCCUCCCCUUCACCCUUUCUCUUGUUAGCUGUCCCCCCUCUCUCUCUCUCUCUCUCUCUCUCUCUCUCUCUCUCUCUCUCUCUCUCUCUCUCUCUCUCUCUCUGUCUCUGUCUCUCUAUCUAACUCUCUCUCUACCUCGCUAUCUCACUCUCUACCUCGCUACCUCACUCUCUCUCUCUACCUCUCUGUCUCUCUCUACAUCUCUAUCUCACUCUGUCUCUCUCUCUCUCUCUCUCUCUCUCUCUCUCUCUCUCUCUCUCUCUCUCUCUCUCUCUCUCUCUCUCUCUCUCUCUCUCUCUCUCUCUCUGUCUCUCUCCCCAUCCUCUGUCUUCUCUUUGUCUCUCUGUCUCUCUCCCCAUCCUCUGUCUUUCUCUUUGUAACGGUUCUCUCCCCCCUCCAGAACACCUAUACUAAUGCUGACAAGCUGCUGGAGGCAGCGGAGCAGUUAGCCCAGACAGGAGAGUGUGAUCCAGAGGAGAUCUACCAGGCAGCCCACCAGCUAGAGGACCGCAUCCAGGACUUUGUUAGGAGGGUGGAGCAACGCAAAGUCCUGCUGGACAUGUCUGUCGCCUUCCACACACACGUCAAAGAGGUACAGAGUGGGAGGGAGAGUGUGUGUGUGGGGUGGGGCGGUGGGUGGAGAUGGAGGGGUGUGUGGGUGUGUGCGUGCGUGCGUUGGUCAAGUAGCGCAACAUUUUACUGGAUUGUGUGUGUGUUUGACAUGAUGGGUAGGUGUGUGUGUGUGUUAACAUCUCUCUGUCCCUAGCUGUGGACGUGGUUGGAGGAGCUGCAGAAGGAGUUAUUAGAUGAUGUGUAUGCUGAGUCUGUGGAGGCGGUGCAGGAUCUGAUCAAACGCUUCAGCCAGCAGCAGCAGACCACCUUGCAGGUCACUGUCAACGUCAUCAAGGAGGGAGAGGACCUCAUCCAGCAGCUCAGGUAGAACACACACACACACAAAGAUGUGCACACACACUAACACACACACACACACACACAAAAUGAAUUAAAAGAAACUGAGCAAAAUAUUAUUCAGAUAGUGGGCAGAAGGUGAGUAGGAUGGAAGAUAGGAGAGGAGGAGGAGGAGGAGGAGGAGGAGGAGGAGAGAAAACAACAGCAUCCUCACGUAGCGGACUGCCAGAUGAGAGAGAGAGAGGCAAUAGAAAGGGAGAGAUAGAAGGAGUAGGUUGAGAGUUAGAGAACUGCAUGUAUUUGACACCUCUGACCAUGAUUCUGGUUCUAAUUAUAUCAAGUGUGUGAGUCUGAGACCUAGCCCUCAACACACACAUAUACACACACACACACUGAGCAUUCUCUCUCUCUCUCUCUCUCUCUCUCUCUCUCUCUCUCUCUCUCUCUCUCUCUCUCUCUUUCUCUCCUCUGAGUAUUGUUACAUAAUGCUGGUUACAUAACAGUGUGGCUAAUUAUGUAGCAUCCCCCAAGACUCUGCUAUAACACUGUGUAUGCGGUUUAGACAGGGCUUAGGCUCUGAUGGGUUAACUACAUUUGGACCAGAGCUAGCCCUUGAUCAUGACUCUCAGUUCCAUUACAUUACACAUUACAUUACACGUUUUUUGUGGGACUGGAAAAGAAAAUGCCUGGAACGUAAAAUAACGUUAUUAACCGGUUCCCAUGCUUUUAAAAUAACGGUUCUGUUCGGGAACAGUAUAGAUCACUUACGUUCUCGUUUUCCGGUUCUAUUCCCUGAAGCGGUUCCAACCCCUGGUAUGUACACAUGUCCAACUGUGUGUGUGUGUACGUGUGUGUGUGUACGUUUUCUUCAAUAUGUGUGUGUGUGUGUGUUCUCUCCUGUGGCAGGGACUCUGCUAUCUCCAGUAACAAGACUCCCCACAACAGCUCCAUCAACCACAUAGAGAGUGUCUUACUGCAGCUGGACGAGGCCCAGGCUCAGAUGGAGGAGCUGUUUCAGGAGAGGAAGAUCAAACUAGAACUCUUUCUACAACUACGCAUCUUUGAGAGGGACGCCAUCGAUGUGAGUGUAUUGUGGGGGUGGUGUGUGUGGCAGAGGUGGUUCGGAGAACUACCCUUGUCUAGGCUUUAGCUCAGUGAGCUAACGUAGUCUUGGGUUUUUAGAUGACCUGACUCAAUGACACACCUGACUCAUGUCAUACGUGUGUGUGUGUGUGUGUGUGUGGUGUGUAUCCUUACCUUUGUGUGUAUGUGUGUCCACACAUGUCUGCAUCUAUAUAUCUCACCUCUCUCUCUCUCUCUCCCACCCCCAGAUCAUCUCAGACCUGGAGUCGUGGAAUGAGGAGUUGACUGUUCAGAUGAGUGAGUUUGAUACAGAGGACCUGACCCUGGCAGAACAGAGACUCCAACACCAUGCUGACAAGGCCCUGACCAUGAACAACCUGACCUUUGACGUCAUCCACCAGGGACAGGAACUGCUGCAGUACGUCAACGAAGUACAAGCCUCUGGUGAGUAGCAGUACACACACGUGUGCACAAAGGAGCUUGCAUAGUCAGCUUACAUGGAAUUACAUUAUUUCUCUCUUUCUCUCUCUCCAUACCCCCCUCUCUUUCCGUCCCUCCCUCUCCUCUCCCUUCAGGUGUAGAGUUGCUGUGUGACAGAGAUGUGGACAUGGCUACUCGUGUUCAGGACCUGCUGGAGUUCCUCCAUGAGAAGCAACAGGAGUUGGACGUAGCAGGUGAACAACACAGGAGACACCUGGAGCAGUGUGUACAGCUACGACACCUGCAGGCCGAAGUCAAACAGGUACGCACACCCACCUCUAGCAGUGUGUACAGCUACAACACCAGAACCAUCAAUUGAUACCACAAAAUGUCCCAUUAAAUACCAGUAGAAACAGCACCAUAGUAAAUACCAGGUAAGUACCAGUGGAAACAGUACUAAAAUGCUAUCCUGAUAAUUUAUAUCCUUGUUCCUGGUCUGUGCAGGUCCUGGGCUGGAUCCGUAAUGGGGAGUCUAUGUUGAAUGCUGGUCUGAUCACAGCCAGUUCUCUACAGGAAGCAGAACAGCUACAGAGAGAACACGAACAGUUCCAGCAUGCCAUUGAGGUGAGCUCAUCAGUCCGCGACGCAACAUAACAUACUUUCAUUCUUAGACAUUGAUAAACAAAUGCAUAAUUUCAUCUCUCUCUCUCUCUCUCUUUCUCUCUUUCUCCCAAUCCGAUAUUGUGUAAUAUAAACCCUUUCUCUCUCUCCUCCCUCUCUCCUCUCCUCUCUCCUCCCUCUCUCCUCCCUCUCUCCUCUCCUCUCCUCUCCUUGUAGAAAACCCACCAGAGUGCUCUGCAGGUGCAGCAGAAGGCUGAGGCGUUACUCCAGGCCAACCACUAUGAUAUGGACCUGAUCAGAGACUGUGCUGAGAGUGUAGCGUCCCACUGGCAGCAGCUCAUGUUGAAGAUGGAGGACAGGCUGAAACUGGUCAACGCCUCUGUAGCCUUCUACAAGACCUCCGAACAGGUAGGGGGCGCCCUCACUGUGAAGGGGGCAGGGGAACGUUUCAAGUCUGGACUAAAGGGGUAGUCAGUUACCGGAUGGACAUGCUAGAAAGUGCCAAUAUUGUUACAUGAUGAACAAGUAUGUAGGUGUUUGGAAAUGUGCAUUAUGGGAACUGCAGUUUUAAAGCCAUUGCUGUCUCUAACAGGUGCAUAGUGUGUAGGUGAGCCUGGAGCAUAAGAGGGAAGAGGACUGGUGUAGCAUUAUGGGAGCUGUAGUUUAUGUACUGUAAAUAUCUGACUGAAACAGGUGUGCAGUGUGUUGGAGAGCCUGGAGCAGGAGUAUAAGAGGGAAGAGGACUGGUGUGGGGGGGCUGAUAAACUGGGUCCUAACUGUGAGUCAGACCACGUCACUCCCAUGAUCAGCAAACACCUGGAACAGAAAGAGGCCUUCCUCAAGGUAGGAACACACACACAAAUGCACACAAACACCCCCCCCCCCCCCCCCCCCACACACACACACACACACACAGCUGUUACCCAUGUGUCCAACUGUGUGUCUUUUGCUAGGCAUGUACCCUGGCCAGACGUAAUGCUGACGUGUUCCUGAAGUACAUGCACCGGAACAGUGUUAACAUGCCUGGGAUGCUCAGCCAUGUCAAAGCACCCGAACAACAGGUCAAGAGUGAGUAUCAUACAUACAGUUGGUAGAGCAUGGCGUUUGCAACGCCAGGGUUGUGGGUUCGAUUCCCACGGGGGGCCAGUAUGAAAAAUAAAAAAAUGAUGUAUGCACUAACUGUAAGUCGCUCUGGAUAAGAGCGUCUGCUAAAUGACUAAAAUGUAAAAAUGUAAUACACACACAUUCAUAUUAUACCAUGAGAAUGAUUUAUCUAAGACAGUAUAAUCUAAUCUAAUAUCUUUGUUCGUGUUGCGGUCAGACAUCCUGAAUGAGUUGUUACAGAGAGAGAAUCGUGUUCUCCACUUCUGGACCAUGAGGAAACGACGUUUGGACCAGUGUCAGCAAUACGUGGUGUUUGAACGCAGCGCCAAACAGGUACACACACAAUUUACACACACUCUCAAUCACUCUGUCUCUCUCUACCUCUCAAUCACUCUCUCUCUUUAACUCUAUCUCACUCUCUCUCUCUACCUCUCUAUCUAACUCUCUCUCUACCUCGCUAUCUCACUCUCUCUACCUCGCUACCUCACUCUCUCUCUCUACCUCUCUAUCUCACUCUGUCUCUCUAUCUCACUCUGUCUCUCUCUACCUCUCAAUCACUCUGUCUCGCUACCUCUCUAUCUCACUCUGUCUCUCUACCUCUCUAUCUCACUCUGUCUCUCUACCUCUCUAUCUCACUCUGUCUCUCUCUACCUCUAUCUCACUCUGUCUCGCUACCUCUCUAUCUCACUCUGUCUCUCUCUACCUCUAUCUCACUCUGUCUCUCUCUACCUCUAUCUCACUCUGUCUCGCUACCUCUCUAUCUCACUCUGUCUCUCUCUACCUCUAUCUCACUCUGUCUCGCUACCUCUCUAUCUCACUCUCUCUCUACCUCUAUCUCACACUCUCUCUCUACCUCUCUAUCUCACUCUCUCUCUACCUCUAUCUCACACUCUCUCUCUACCUCUCUAUCUCACUCUGUCACUACCUCUCUAUCUCACUCUGUCUCGCUACCUCUCUAUCUCACUCUGUCUCGCUACCUCUCUAUCUCACUCUCUUUCUCUACCUCUAUCUCACACUCUCUCUCUACCUCUCUCACUCUCUCUCUACCUCUCUUUUUGUCUUUUGUUUUCUUUCCUACUCAAAGCUCUAACAACAGUCAAAAUGGCUGUUCUCUCUGUCCCUUCAUUCUCUGUUUCUGUCCGCUCAUCUGUAACACCUGUCUAGCGCUCUACUCCAAUGUCCACCUCAACGAUCUCUGUGUGUGUGUAAUCCUCAGGCUCUGGAGUGGAUCCAUGACACGGGAGAGUUCUACCUGUCAACCCACACCUCCACUGGCUCCAGUAUCCACCACACACAGGAGCUGCUGAAGGAGCACGAAGACUUCCACAUCACAGCCAGGGUAGGAAGGAACACACAUGCACGCACACAGACACACAGACAGACCGAACUAUAUACAGUAGACACAAACCUAUACGUCAUAACGUUUUUAAAACCCAGCAUUACACAUUGAAAAUUAAACCCUCUCCUUCCCUCCUCUCUCUCUCUCGUUCUCUCUCUUUCUCACUCCCCCCCCCCCCCCACCCCCUCCCCAGCAAACAAAAGAGCGUGUCAAGCUGCUGAUCCAGCUAGCGGAUGGCUUCUGUGAUAAGGGCCAUAGUCAUGCUGUGGAGAUAAAGAAGUGGGUGACUGCAGUGGACAAACGCUACAGAGACUUCUCCCUGCGGAUGGACAAGUACCGGACCAGUCUAGAGAAGGCACUGGGCAUCUCAUCUGACACUAACUCCAAGGCUGUAAGUCUGGAGGGUGUGUCGGGGUGUCGACGAGGUGGGGGGGGGGGGUAUGUAUGUGGAGGGGGAGGAGGCAUGUUUCCAUAUAAUGGUUGCUGGAAAUAUUAAUGGUUAAAUCAUCUCUGCACACUGAAGAAGGCUUUUAGUGUAAACAUUUGUGUAUGAUGAUCCAUGCCCUUUGCAGAUAAAACAAAGUGCAGCUCUUCAAAAGUACUUUUUGGGACAGUCCUACUGUAUUUCUUUGUAAAUCAUCUCUCCCUCUCCCUUCCUCCAUCCCUCUCUCAGAGUAAGGACCUCCAGUUGGACAUCAUCCCGGCCACACCUCAAGGGUCAGAGGUCAAGCUGAGAGACGCGGCUCACGAACUCAACGAGGAGAAACGCAAGUCCGCUCGCAGGAAGGAGUGCGUCAUCACUUCCUCUUAACUUCCUGAAACCGCAUAAGAUCGGUCACAGUCAUAAUGAACCAAUUCCAAAGCCAAUCAACCAGUAGAUCCUGCCUUGGCCUCUUGUCCCAACUCAUCAUCUCAUAACUAAAACUGCUGUAGCAGCACUACUACUAAUACAGUACACACACACACACACACACACACACACAAACACACACACACACACACACUGCUCUAAACAGCCACAACUACAGACACGACAAUGCAUUUUAAAAUGCAUCUCACAAAUCAUCACCAUCAUAAUGAGUUAUGGCCAGGUUAUAAUGAUGUCUUAAUGGACAGAAACUCCUACAGGCCUUACAUUAUUCACCAGUCUAAAUGGACAGGGCAGACGGACUAAAAGGGUUCUAUUGAUAAUGAUAUAAAUCAGCAAAAGAGGCUAACCAUGUGUGUGUUUGUGUGUGUAGGUUCAUCAUGGCUGAACUGAUUCAGACAGAGAAGACCUAUGUCAGAGACCUAAGGGAGUGUACGGACGUAAGUUUAACCUACUCUGUCUUUCUCUACCCCCAAACCCAGGGGUGUCAAACUCAUUCCAUGAAGGGCCUAGUGUCUGCAGAUUUUUGGUUAAGACCUAGACAACCAGGUGAGGGGACUUCUUUACUAAUCAGUGACCUUAAUUCAUCAAACAAGUACAAGGGAGGAGUGAAAACCCGCAGACACUUGGCCCGCGGUGGAAUGAGUUUGACACACGUGUCCUAACCUAUAGUGGAAUUCUACUGCCAAUGUCUGGCGCCACCUUGUGAAAUUUUAACACAACACGUGAACUUAUGAAAUGUAGGGUGCUGUGUUGAAUUCCAUUAUAUGCAGCGGCUGUGAAUUAAUUGAUCUGAUAUCUGCCCCUUCCGUGUGUGUGUGAUCUAACCCCCUCUCUCCAUCCUCCUCCCUCCAGACAUACCUAUGGGAGAUGACCAGUGGGGUAGAGGAGAUCCCUCCUGGCAUCGUCAACAAGGAACACAUCAUCUUUGGAAACAUGGUGGACCUCUAUGAGUUCCAUCACAAGUAUGUAAUUUACAUACUGACAGGCAGACAGCAAACCAUUGCAGCUGUCCAGACAGGCAGCAAACUAUUGCUUUCGGUAGUCAAACAGUUGAAACUCGUGGUUAACUUCUAAUGCCGAAACACUAUACAGUUUUAUGGUGUCUGCCCACCUGCUCACUCUCUCUCUCUCUCUCUCUCUCUCUCUCUCUCUCUCUCUCUCUCUCUCUCUCUCUUCUUCCCUCUCCUCCAUCAACAGUAUCUUCCUCAAAGAGCUGGAGAAGUAUGAACAGCUACCAGAAGACGUGGGCCACUGCUUUGUCACAUGGGUGAGUGUGUGUGAGUCCCUAAAAUAGCCAAAUGUAGGUUUCUAUGAAAUAGAGAGAGGAUGUACUCCAAGUAAUAAUUUCUCAGGACAGAUUUAUCUCUAUUUCUAAAUUGUGAUAGGUCAAAAAGGAAACGUAUGGCUUUGGAGUAUAUUUGUUUAAACUCUUAGUUGUAUUUCUGUGUGUCCAGGCUGAUAAGUUCCAGAUGUACGUGAACUACUGUAAGAACAAACCAGACUCCACCCAGCUUAUCCUAGAGCACGCCGGACCCUACUUUGACGUGAGUACCCUGCUCUCCCAUUGGCCCUCACUGUGACGGACAGCUCUUUGCGUCCAAUCACAUCACUGUGUUUCUCUGUGUGGGCGUGUACAGGAGAUCCAGCAGCGGCACCGAUUGGCCAACUCCAUCUCCUCCUACCUGAUCAAGCCUGUUCAGCGAAUCACCAAGUACCAGCUUCUGCUCAAGGUAACCAUAGCAACCCACUGCUAUAAACCACAUACACAACCACAACAAAUGUUUGUACCCUUAUGUUUACAUUGUGAUGAGCAGGAAUGUAGGGACAGCGAUUAUGUUACUUGACGUCCAUAAUCUUGUCUGCCGUUCAGCCCAUCUUUUUUUUCUCCACUACAUCCCAGGUUAUGGGUAAUUGAGCACCCACAAAUGGGCUGAUUGUCUUUCACAAUAAAUACGUAUUUGCUUUCAAAGGGUUUUUGUUGAUGGUACCUCUCUGAUGUGUAGGAGCUGCUGACGUGCUGUGAGGAGGGGAAAGGAGAGAUCAAGGAUGGACUGGAGGUCAUGCUCAGUGUCCCCAAGAGAGCCAACGACGCCAUGCACCUCUCAAUGCUGGAGGGUAGGACACACACACAUCUAACCAGCGAUGCUCAUGAACAUAUGUAUGGUGAAGUAACUCUCUAUCCCUUUCUCCAUCUCUCCCUCCAUCUCUCGCUCCCUCUCCUGUAGGUUUCGAUGAGAACAUUGAAUCUCAGGGAGAGCUGAUCCUGCAGGAAUCAUUCCAGGUGUGGGAUCCUAAGACUCUGAUCCGUAAGGGUCGCGAGCGGCACCUCUUCCUCUUCGAGAUGUCCCUCAUCUUCAGCAAGGAGGUCAAGGACUCCAACGGACGGAGCAAGUACAUGUACAAGAGCAAACUCUACGUGAGUAAAACAUUCUCUCUCUCUUUUUCAUUUUCUCUCUCUCUCUCUCUCUCUCUCUCUCUCUCUCUCUCUCUCUCUCUCUCUCUCUCUCUCUCUGUCUCUGUCUCUGUCUCUGUCUCUGUCUCUGUCUCUCUCUGUCUCUGUCUCUGUCUCUCUCUCUCUGUCUCUGUGUCUCUCUUUUUGUCUCUAUAUAUCUUUAUUUGUCUUUAUCGCUCCGUCUGUUUAUGGUGUGUUAUUGGCUCGAAAUACACAUAUACGUAUUACAUAUUGCCAAAGGAAUUCCUAUAAAAUGUCAGGGAUUUCUCUCCCUCUCUCCAGACGUCAGAGUUGGGGGUAACAGAGCACGUUGAGGGAGACCCCUGUAAGUUUGCUCUGUGGGUGGGACGCACCCCAACCUCCGACAACAAGAUUGUACUCAAGGUAAAAACAGAGGGGAAUACCUUCCAUCCCUCUCUCCUCUCUGCCUUGUUACUCUUCCCCCUCUCCUCCUUUCUUCUACUUCCAAUCACUUUUUACUUCUCUUCUCCUCUCCCCUGUUUGAUUGCAUGACUAUUGUGCUGCCUGAUGGAUGUGAAGCUUCGUAUGAGCCUUCGUAUGGGCUUCUCUGUUUCUUGUUCCUCUGUAUUUCUCUCUCUCUCUCUUUCUAUACAUCUGUUACCUGGGUCUCUCUAUCGCUCUGUGUUGUGUCUAAUGACUGUUCUAUCAUACAGCCUAGUCUAGUACAGUACAUCUGUUACCUGGGGCUGUUUUGUUUAUGUUUGUAUCUCUGAAUAUUAAACGUUCGUUCGCUAACCAACCGUGGGCUAACAUGCUUACGCCAACACCACUGACAUGAACUUUAACUCCUAAACUCCCACAAUUCCUCCAACUCCCACACCCUCUAGCUACUUUUUACAUCCUCUGUAUGGAGUAGAGGCAUAUACAUUUUUCUCUUCUAGAAAAAUGGAUCUCUUCUUGUUUUAGGAUUUGACACCUCACGUGUUGACCCUCUUUCUCUCAUCUUCCCUCUCUCUGUCUCUCUCUCUCUUAUCUUCCUUUCUUCCUCUCUCUCUAUUUUUCUCUCUCCUUACCAAACUAAACAUCUUAUAUUUUUUUAAUACCCACCUCCAAAGCUAGUUUUAGUACUGAUGCUUCUUGUUUGUGUCAGUGGUUGGAAAAGCAUGUUGCCCUACUCCUAACCUGUUGUCUCUGACAUAAUAUAAUGACUCUGUUCCUAUUCUGUCCAUCAAUAUAACUGUUAACCACCUAACUAAUUAACUAACUAGCCACCACCAAAAUGCUCUAACUGUUGUCCGUCAGUCAUCUCGAACCAGUCUGUCGUCAUUGAAAAUGUAAUAUAAAUUAACUAAACACAAACCAGUGAAAUUCUCUAUUUUAUAUUUGAACCAAAGCCAAGUCAGGGAUGCAAACAUGGAUCGAUGGUGAGUAAAACUGUACUAACUAGCCUAACACCUAAUAUAGCCCUCGGCUGCAUCUCAAUACUCUACUGUGGCCUCCUCUCUUUGUCACCUUUCCUCUCCUACUCUCCUUAUUCUCUGUUUCAAUGUCCACACUAGCUUACUACUUAGAAUGAAGCCGUGUGGAUAUUGGAAUAUAACCGUUUCUUCUCCAGUGGGGUCUAUUAAACUGUUUAGACUAAAUAUGAGUUCAGAGAGCGAGGUGAUUGGGUGAAUUAACUUAUGACCUUUGACCCCUCCUCCCUGGGCCAAUGGCAGGCGUCGAGCAUUGAGAACAAGCAGGAUUGGAUCAAACACAUCAGGGAGGUGAUUCAGGAACGAACCAUCCACCUGAGAGGAGCUCUGAAGGAACCCAUACACAUCCCUAAGUCUGCCACCGCCAAGCACCACAAGGGACACCGCAGGUACAGGUACACAAGUGCAUAAGUAUACUAUACACACCUACACACAGAGACAAACAUACACUGAGUGUACAAAACAAAACUCUUUCCAUGACAGACUGAACAGGUGAAAGCUAUGAUCCCUUAUUGAUGUCACCUGUUCAAACCACUUCAAUCAGUGUAGAUGAAAGGUAGGAGACAGGUUAAAGAAGGAUUUUUAAGCCUUAAGACAAUUGAGUCAUGGAUUGUGUAUGUGUGCCAUUCAGAGGGUGAAUGGGCAAUACUAAAGGUUUAAGUGCCUUAGAACGGGGUAUGGUAGUAGGUGCAGGCACACCAGUUUGAGUGUGUGAAGAACUGCAACGCUGCUAAGUUUUUCACACUAAACAGUUUCCUGUGUGUAUCAAGAAUGGUCCAACACCCAAAGGACAUCCAGCCAACUUGACACAACUGUGGGAAGCAUUGGAGUGAACAUGGGCCAGCAUCCCUGUGGAAUGCUUUCGACACCUUGUGGAGUCCAUGCCCCGACGAAUUGAGUCUGUUCUGAGGGCAAAAGGCAGGGUGCAACUCAAUAUUAGGAAGGUGUUCUUAAUGUUUUGUACUCUCAGGAUACACUCAUAUGCAUGUAGACUCACAUGCAUGCAUUCACACGCACAACCACCUCCCCAAACACACACUUACACACUCACCUCUGCCUGUGUAUUUGUCUCUAUCAGGGAUGGAGAGGACUUGGACAGCCAGGGUGACGGCAGCAGCCAACCAGACACCAUCUCUAUCGCCUCACGCACCUCACAGAACACACUGGACAGCGACAAGGUGGGCACACACACACUGGUCAUCUCUCUAGCGUUACGAACAUCACAGAACAUAGACAGGUGAGAACAGCACACAGUAUUUCUAGAAUGUGAUCAUGAAGAGAAAGCUUCAGUUGAAAAGGACCUGAGGACUUUGACGCCUGCUUUUCCCUCGCAGGGGAAUAAUGUAAUAAUGAUCCGUCCACCUCCUCCUAUGAUUCUACAUUCCUCCUGACCAUCUCUCUCUCCGCUCCUCCAGCUGUCCGGUGGCUGUGAGCUGACUGUGGUGAUCCAUGACUUCAUGGCUGGUAACAGCAACGAGCUGACUGUCCGGAGGGGCCAGACGGUGGAGGUCCUGGAGAGGUGCCAUGACAAGCCUGACUGGUGUCUGGUGCGGACCACGGACCGCUCCCCUGCCCACGAGGGACUGGUACCCUGCACCAUGCUCUGCAUCGCCCACUCACGCUCCUCCAUGGAGAUGGAGGGGAUAUUCAACCAUAAAGGUGGGUUAGGAGGUGUGUGGUAGGAGGUAGUGUCAUUGAGUUUCAGAAAAGCUCUUUAUUAUGGAUUAUUCUAUGUAUUAUGGGUGGGGGAAGAAGUGUGUGUUCAAAGUCCUCUUCUGUCUUUGAUAACCUCUCCCUCUCUCCCCCUCCUCCCUUACUCCCCCUCCUCCCUCUCUCUCUCCCACUCUCGCCGUCCUCCUCCCUCUCUCCCCCUCCUCCCUCUACCCCUACAGACACUCUAUCAGUGUGUAGUAAUGACUCCAUCAUGCCAGGCUCCUCUGCCACCCUGCAGCCUGGGCAUCACGGCAUGGGCUCACACACCUCGCCAGGGCCCAAACGACCAGGUAAACACACACACACACACACACACACACACAUCUCACCAAUGUUUGCAAGGGAGUGGCUCCUAAUCUGUGACCGGAUCUUUCAUUUCUGAGGUUCCGUAUCCGUGAGUGGGCAAAUUCUCUCAGUAUCUCGCAGGAAUUUGGGACUUCAGUCUUUUUUUUUUAUGCCGAAACCGGAUUAGAUACAUAGCUAUGUUCUGGAUGGCAGGGAGCUCAGCCCCAGUGAUGUACUUGGCCGUACGCACUACCCUCUGUAGUGCCUUGUUGUCUGAUGCCAAGCAAUUUUGAGGCUGGUUGGACGUACUGCCAAAUUCUCUAAAACGACGUUAGAGGCGGCUUAUGGUAGAGAAAUGAACAUUCAAUUCUCUGGCAAUAGCUCUGGUGGGCGUUACUGCAGUCAGCAUGCGAAUUGCACACUCCCUCAAAACUUGAGACAUCUGUAGCAUUGUGUUGUGUGACAAUUUAAAAAAUAAUAAUAAUAAUGAAAGACUGCACAUUUUAGAGUGGCCUUUUAUUGUCCCCAGCACAAGUUGCACCUUUGUAAUGAUCAUGCUGUUUAAAUCAGGUUCUUGAUAUGCCACACCCAUCAGGAUUAUCUUGGCAAAUAAGAAAAGGUCACUAACAGGGAUGUUAACACAUUUGUGCACGAAAUUUGAGAGAAAUAAGCUUUUUGUGCAUUUGGAACAUUUCAGGGAUAUUUUAUUUCAGCUCAUGAAACAUGGGACCAACACUUUACAUGUUUCAUAUUUUUGUUCAGUGCAAAUGAGAAAUGGCAAUCCAAAAGAAAUGUAAACCAAAUAAAUAUGCCUAUUUUAGGCUAUAAAUACAUAGCCUAGGCUAUAAAUACAUGACGUUACCGCUUCUUUUCCCCUGGUCAGAGAGGAUCAGGACACAUAGGCUCUAGUAGUAUUUUUACUUAAUUUCUUUACACCACUGCACGUACUGUAUUAAAGCCUUGAAUCUCAUAGGGACCUCUCUUUCACCACUGGUCAUGUAGCUAGCUGUUAGCUAGUAGGGUUAAAUCUGUUUCAAUUGGACUACAGUUUGCUAGGCUGGCUAGCUAGGUUGCAGCCUACGCUGACUAGCAUUGCUAGCAUGCUAACGUUAGCUAGCUAACUAAUGCCGAUACACUAUAGUCGUGGGUCCGCAAAAUCAAGCAAAUGUUACAGAACUCAUGACAAAACCAUGUUAAGACAUUGAAGUGGCUAUUGAAUAUUGCGAAUAUAAUAUUUUUGGCAUGAAACUCUGAUUUAACUACAGGUUUGUAACUAAUCCAGUGUCGGCAUGAGAAAAUGAGUGAAGUCCCAAAUUCCUGGGAGAUACUGCGAGAAUUUGCGCACUCACCGAUAUGGAGCCUCAGAAAUAAAGGAUCCGGUCACGGAUUAGGAGCCACUCCCUUUUUGCAAAGGGAUUGAGCAAACAAUUCUAAAUUCAAAGUGGUUGAAAAGGAGAAGGUGUGUGUGUGUGUUUGUGUCUACAUGUACGUGGUAACAUUCUCCAUCCCUUGUCCCAGGUAACACCCUGCGUAAGUGGCUGACCAGCCCAGUGCGUCGUCUGAGCAGUGGCAAGGCAGACGGGCACGUGAAAAAGCUGGCACACAAACAGAAGAAGAACCGCGAGGUGAGGAAGAGUGGUGAGAUGACGGGCAGUGCCCAGAAAGACUCUGAUGACAGCGCCGCUACACCCCAGGAUGAGACUGUGGAGGAGGUGAGGGGACGGUGGCGACAGACAGACAUGGCCACACACACGCCUAUUCACCAGCAGGAUUCUCUGAAUCUCUCUCUCUCUCUCUCUCUCUCUCUCUUUGUCUCUCUCUACCUUUCUCUCCCUCCCUCCCUCCCUCUCUCUCUAAUCUCUCCUCUCUCUCUCUCUUCUGCAGAGGGUGCGUAACGAGGGGCUCUCGAGUGGGACCCUGUCCAAGUCCUCGUCCUCUGGGAUGCAGAGCUGUGGCGAGGAGGAGGGCGAGGAGGGUGCUGACUCUGUACCCCUACCGCCCCCCAUGGCCAUCCAGCAGCACAGCCUACUGCAGCCUGACACACAGGACGACAAGGUAAGGGGGAGCGGGAAGGAAGAGAAAAGGGGUACAGUCAGCCUGAGGAUAAGGUGAAGGGGUGUACGGGUGGGGAGAAGGUACGAGAGAGGAAAGAUUGGGGAGGGGGUAAAGUGUAGAAAGUCUAGGCUAACUGGUACACACAUCUAACAUAACAGAUAGGCCUGUAACCAGGAAGUGUAACACUAAACAAACAAUCCUAAACUACCCCAAAUCUAAGAUCCCCCCACACAGCAAACUCAUCCUUUCUGUUACAGUUUCUCUCUCUUAUGAUUUAGUCAUGAGUUUGAUUAUUUUGUUAUUAUAUUCUACAGACAAACAUUACAUCAAUUUUAGUCAAUUUUCUUCUCACUUCCUGCUGAGCAGGGCCUGUAUUCACAAAGCAUCUUAGAGUAGUACGAGUGCUGAUUUACGAUCAGGUCCCCCCUCUUAUUCAUCAUGAUGAAAGGCAAAUCUGAUCCUAUAUCAGCACUCCUAGUCUGAGACACUUUGGGAAUACAAGCCUAGAUUUCAAUUCAUUAUGAAACAUUGAAGCUGCUAUUCAAAUAUAAAUCCAAUGAAAUGCAUCAGUUACUGUUCCCGUCCUGGGGUCACCUUUUCUUGGCGCAGCAGCGUUUUUCUCUGACACUAAUUUCUUUCUCUUUUUGUUUGUUUUGUUUCUGACUGUAUCGUUGGUUUGCUGUCUGUUUACUGUUUACCAUGCUGUAGCAUUACCUUGAUUUAUGUCCUGUCUUUGCUUUGUCUCAGUUUCCAUACCUCUCCAUCUCCUGAAUCAAUCCUUCCAUCUCUCCCUCCUUUUCUCUUCCCUCAGUAGUUCAGUUCUCUCUCUCUUUUUCCCCUCUCGGUAACUGUACUAUAGACUUAGUUACUGUUUUUCUUUCGGUUCUUCUUAUGAAAGUUAGUUGAAUGACAACGGAUGUAGAAUGUUGACGUCUGUUCCUGUCUUCUAGUUCUUCUAGUAUGUUUCUCUCUGAGGCAAAGGACACUUCCAAACGUCUCUAAAAGAGCUCUUUUAGUCUGCCUGCCUUACGCUCUCUUGCUCUCUCGGUCUCUCAGUCUCUCUUCAACACCCAAACUUGCUCUCUCUCUCCUCUUAGUAUCUGCGGUGCUUUAUCCAACUAUAGAAUUACUCCCCCUCUUCAUCUUUCUUCUUAGUUUUGAUUAUUUUCCAUUUUUCAUCACCAGCCCGGUUCCUUCAAUAUACGGCUUUCACCAAACAAGUCUAAGUUUUGAUUAUGCAUUUUAAGCAUUUUUCGCCUCGUUGCCUGGUUACUCGUCCGUUUGCUGUGUGAUAGCACUCUCAGAAUAACUCAGAGGCACAUGCAGAACAGAGCAGGUCGAAGUCUCUAGACGCUGAUCUAAGGUCAGCUUUGCGUUCUCUCACACUAUUCGCUUCAGGAUCGAAUUUGGGGCAAGCUGAUCCUAGAUCUGUGCCUAAGAGCAACAUCUUGCGUCAGGAACACUUGUACAAAUGAACAAAGUCAUGUGCUAAAAUGACUAUGAUUCAGAACCCCCUCCCUCCUCCUCCCUCACCCCUCUCACCCGUCCUCACCCCUCCCCUUUGUGCGUUAACCCCAUUGCACCAUGUUAUUAAUUGGCACCUACUGUAAGCCCUGGCGUGGCCAGAGGGUACACCCCACCCCACCACACACUGACCCUUAGUGGGGCACAGCACAGUCUGGAGACAGCACAGCAAGGGUGAGAGACUCUCAUACACUUUACUGUACCUCCUUACCUUUUCAAUGUCUUAUACAGUCAUUAUACACAUUCUCUUUUCUUUUCUGAAUGCCGUCCUUUAUUAUACAGUUCAUAUUUCAUCAUCCACUUUUAAAAGUUCCUUUAUUAUAUAGAUAUCUCAUACAUUCUCUAUGAGGGAAAAAAGGAUUUGAUCCCCUGCUGAUUUUGUACGUUUGCCCACUGACAAACAAAUGAUCAGUCUAUCAUUUUAAUGGUAGGUUUAUUUGAACAUUGAGAGACAGAAUAACAACAACAAAAUCCAGAAAAACGCAUGUCAAAAAUGUUAUAAAUUGAUUAGCAUUUUAAUGAGGGAAAUAAGUAUUUGACCCCCUCUCAAUCAGAAAAAUGUCUGGCUCCCAGGUGUCUUUUAUACAGGUAACGAGCUGAGAUUAGGAGCACACUCUUAAAGGGAGUGCUCCUAAUCUCAGCUUGUUAACUGUAUAAAAGACACCUGUCCACAGAAGCAAUCAAUCAAUCAGAUUCCAAACUCUCCACCAUGGCCAAGACCAAAGAGCUCUCCAAGGAUGUCAGGGACAAGAUUGUAGACCUACACAAGGCUGGAAUGGGCUACAAGACCAUCGCCAAGCAACUUGGUGAGAAGGUGACAACAGUUGGUGCGAUUAUUCACAUAAUGGAGGAAUCAGCCCAGAACUACACGGGAGGAUCUUGUCAAUGAUCUCAAGGCAGCUGGGACCAUAGUCACCAAGAAAAUAAUUGGUAACACACUACGCCGCGAAGGACUGAAAUCCUGCAGCGCCCGCAAGGUCCCCCUGCUCAAGAAAGCACAUAUACAGGGCCGUCUGAAGUUUGCCAAUUAACAUAUGAAUGAUUCAGAGGAGAACUGGGUGAAAGUGUUGUGGUCAGGUAAGACCAAAAUCGAGCUCUUUGUUAUCAACUCAACUCGCCGUGUUUGGAGGAGGAGGAAUGCUGCCUAUGACCCCAAGAACACCAUCCCCACCGUCAAACAUGGAGGUGGAAACAUUAUGCUUUGGGGGUGUUUUUCUGCUAAGGGGACAGGACAAAUUCCCCGCAUCAAAGGGACGAUGGACGGCGCCAUGUACCUUCAAAUCUUGGGUGAGAACCUCCUUCCCUCAGCCAGGGCAUUGAAAAUGGGUCGUGGAUGGGUAUUCCAGCAUGACAAUGACCCAAAACACACAGCCGAGGCAACAAAGGAAUGGCUCAAGAAGAAGCACAUUAAGGUCCUGGAGUGGCCUAGCCAGUAUCCAGACCUUAAUCCCAUAGAAAAUCUGUGGAGGGAGCUGAAGGUUCGAGUUGCCAAACGUCAGGCUCGAAACCUUAAUGACUUGGUGAAGAUCUGCAAAGAGGAGUGGGACAAAAUCCCUCCUGAGAUGUGUGCAAACCUGGUGGCCAACUACAAGAAACGUCUGACCUCUGUGAUUGCCAACAAGGGUUUUGCCACCAAGUACUAAGUCAUGUUUUGCAGAGGGGUCAGAUACGUAUUUCCCUCAUUAAAAUGCAAAUAUGCGUUUUUCUGGAUUUGUUCGUUGUUAUUCUGUCUCUCACUGUUCAAAUAAACCUACCAUUAAAAUUAUAGACUGAUCAUGUCUUUGUCAGUGGGCAAACGUACAAAAUCAGCAGGGGAUCAAAUACUUUUUUCCCUCACUGUAUAUAUAUAUCUUCUCUUGUUUUUCAAUACCAUGGAUUUACCUCUUAUGAAACUCAUUGGAGACUACACUAUAUACAAAAGUAUUGGCUAUUUCAGCCACACCCGUUGCUGACAGGUGUAUAAAAUUGAGCAUACAGCCAUGCAAUAUCCAUAGACAAACAUUGGCAGUAGAAUGGCCUUAAUGAAGAUCUAAGUGACUUUCAACCUGGCACCGUCAUAGGAUGCCACCUUUCCAACAAGUCAGUUCGUCAAACCUGCUAGAGCUGCCGCGGUCAACUGUAAGUGCUGUUAUUUUGAAGUGGAAAUGUCUAGGAGCAACAACGGCUCAGCCGUGAAGUGGUAGGCCACACAAGCUCACAAAACGUGACCGGAGAGUGGUGAAGUGCGUAGUGUUUAAAAAUCGUAUGUCCUCGGUUGCAACACUCAAUACCGAGUUCCAAACUGCCUCUCGAAUCAACAUCAGCACACUAACUGUUCAUCAGGAGCUUCAUGAAAUGGGUUUCCAUGGCCAAGCACCCGCACACAAGUCUAAGAUCACCAUGCGCAAUGCCAAGCGUCGGCUGGAGUGGUGUAAAGCUCGUUGCCAUUGGACUCUGGAGCAGUGGAAAUGCGUUCUCUGGAGUGAUGAAUCAUGCUUCAUCAUCUGGCAGUCCGACGGACGAAUCUGGGUUUGACGGAUGCCAGGAGAACGCUACCUGCCCGAAUGCAUAGUGCCAACUGGUGGAGGAAGAAUAAUGGUCUUGGGCUGUUUUUUACGGUUCGGGCUAGGCUCCUUAGUUCCAGUGAAGGGAAAUCUUAAUGCUACAUCAUACAAUGACAUUCUAGAUGAUUCUGUGCUUCCAACUUUGUGGCAACAGUUUGGGGAAGGCCCUUUCCUGUUUCAGCAUGACAAUGCCCCCAUGCACAAAGCGAGAUCCAUACAGAAAUGGUUUGUCAAGAUCGGUGUGGAAGAACUUGACUGGCCUGCACAGAGCCCUGACCUCAACCUUUUGGAUGAAUUGCAACGCCGACUGCGAGCCAGGCCUUAUCGCCCAACAUCAGUGCCUGACCUCCCUAAUACUCUUGUGGCUGAAUGGAAGCAAGUCCCGCAGCAAUGUUCCAACAUCUAGUGGAAAGUCUUCCCAGAAGAGUGGAGGCUGUUAUAGCAGCAAAGGGAGGACCAACUCCAUAUUAAUGCCCAUGAUUUUGGAAUGAGAUGUUCGACGAGCAGGUGUCCACAUACUUCAUGUAGUGUAUUUUCCUUAUUUUUUUUCUUUUAGCUAUCAUAAAUUCAAUUUACCCUUCCGUUUAACUUCAUAUUAGAACCUCUUUCUUGUUAUGAUCAACAUUGGAUAAUUCAUUGAGCGCAGAGGAUCAAAAUACAACACAAACACUAACACUGUGUAAGGUAGACUAAGCGAGAUGACGUCAUCGUAAACAAACCAUCAUCUGAUCACCAACAUACAGCUGGCUGGCAACUUUUUACCCGCCAUUCAAUGUAUGCCUCAGGAAUAUUUUGGGAUCUGUCCAGAAAAAAACACUGUUCUUUCAUUGUCUCUUUUUUGGUAGUCUCUUGGAUCAGUGUUUGCAGUGUGUCUCUACAUGACAUUUUUAAAUGUUCUCCCUUAAAAGAGGGCGUUCUACAAGGGAGGGUUCAAAUUAGGAAGAACCAAUAAUGUUAUUCUUGCCAGAUUUGGUUUCUUGGUUAAUUGAUAGGAUCAGUUAAUUGAUGUAUUAAUUAAUUAGUUAAUUGUUUUAAAGAUUGCUUGAUUGUUUUAUAGAUGACAGGAAUGGUAGUAAAUAAAACCUUUAGCCAAAUCAGGUAGUAAGACUAUGCUGAAUGGAAUGUUCUAACACUUUUCUCUCCUAACCCCCCACCCUCCAUCCCUGUUCAGAGCUCCUCUCGUCUGUCCGUCCGUCCAUCCAGUUCUGAGACACCCAGUGCAGCAGAGCUGGUGAGCGCCAUCGAGGAACUGGUCAAGAGCAAGAUGGUGAGGGCACUCUCUCUCUCACACACACACACACACAAGGAAGCAUCAUCUGGUUUACAAUCUACCUCCUUCUUUCUCCCUCCUUAUCUCUCUCCAGGCUUUGGAGGACAGGCCCAGCUCUCUCUCAGUAGAACAGGGGGAUAGCAGCUCUCCCUCCUUCAACCCCUCCGACAACUCUCUCCUCUCAUCCUCCUCUCCCAUCGAUGAGAUGGAGGAGCGCAAGACUGGCUUCCUCAAGAGACGACAGUACGUACUGGAUUGAUAGAUAGAUUUAUUGGGGGGAAAAAUAUGCACUGAGUACAACCAAGGGGAUAACACGUUAAAGCGAUUCCACUUGUGUGGCUCACUAGCAAUGUUUCUCUCUUUUUGUCACUGACUCUUUCUCCCUCACUGUUACGGUGUCCAUAUUAGGACAAUCUCAGUCUCAGCAGGAUUUGACUGGAGCUGUCCUACUAUGGACACCAUACACUGGAACUCCCUUUAUUAUUUGCCACACUCUUGUUUCAGCCAUGUUUCUUACCCUUUCUCUCUUUCUCUGUGUAGUUUUGUGUUGUUGGAACUGGUGGAGACUGAGAGGGACUACGUCAGAGACCUGGGCGUGGUGGUGGGGGUGAGACAAAACGCAUCACUUCCUCCCUCCCUCUGACCUCACUUCCUCUUCCUCUCGUGUUAGUUGAUGUUCGAGUGUGUGUGCGUGCGUGCGCGUGUGUGUGUGUGUGAUGGCUUGAUUAUGCAACCCUGACUGUGUGUGUGUGUGUUUCAGGGCUAUAUGACGCGGAUGAAGGAGGAAGGGGUACCAGACGAUAUGAAGGGGAAAGACAAGAUCGUCUUUGGAAACAUCCACCAGAUCUACGACUGGCACAGAGAGUACGACACACAUGGGCAUACACACACACACAAUUACGCACACACACAUACACAUACAAACACACACACGACAUAUGGAUAUGCCUUGCUUAACACUCUCUCUCUUUCACUCUGCAGUUUCUUCAUGGGAGAGUUAGAGAAGUGUCUGGAAGACCCUGACCGACUUGGGCCGCUGUUCGUCAAACAUGUGAGUGACUGACUGUUGCUGUGUGAGUGUCUAUACAGUGCCCAAGUCAGUGUAUAGACAGAGCGAAAACAGGUUUUUAUAAAUUUUUGCUAAUGUAUUACAAAUAAAAACACAGAUACCUUAUUUACAUACGUAUUCAGACCCUUUGCUAUGAGACUCAAAAUUGAGCUCAGGUGCAUCCUGUUUCCAUUGAUCAUCCUUGAGAUGUUUCUACAACUUGAUUGGAGUCCACCUGUGGUAAAUUCAAUUGAUUGGACAUGAUUUGGAAAGGCACACACCUGUCUAUAUAAGAUGCCACAGUUAACAGAGCAUGUCAGAGCAAAAACCAAGCCAUGAGGUCAAAGGAAUUGUCCGUAGAGCUCCGAGACGGGAUAACGUCGAGGCACAGAUCUGGGGAAGGGUACCAAAAAAUGUCUGCAGCAUUGAAGGUCCCCAAGAACACAGUGGCCUCCAUCAUUCUUAAAUGGAAGAAGUUUGGACUGGCUUUGGUCAGGGAGGUGACCAAGAACCCGAUGGUCACUCUGACAGAGCUCCAGAGUUCCUCUGUGGAGAUGGGAGAACCUUCCAGAAGGACAACCAUCUCUGCAGCACUCCACCAAUCAGGCCUUUAUGGUAGAGUGGCCAGAGGGAAGCCACUCCUCAGUAAAAGGCACAUGACAGCCUGCUUGGAGUUUGCCAAAAGGCACCUAAAGACCCUCAGACCAUGAGAAACAAGAUUCUCUGGUCUGAUGAACCCAAGAUUGAACUCUUUGGUCUGAAUGCCCAGGCCCGGUGCCACAAGGGGGCAAAAGGGGGCAAUGCCACAAUCUGCCCUCUCCAUCAUGCCCAACCGAUUUGUUGCGUAUACUUAAUUCAUGCAACUCCCUUGCACGCAUCAUAUGUACGUCAUACACAUUUCACCAGUUGAAAAAAACAAUUGGUUUGAUUGGCCUUCACAGUAGAAGGGCAUGGUCAAUUUGACCGUUUAGGUUUACUUUCAAAGUUAUGUACUACGAAAACCGCGCAGCUGGAUGGAAUUUAGCUAAUGUUAACAGUUAGGUAGGUAGCUGAUAGCAUGAUGGAUAUUAGAAAGUAGCUUCACCAGGGCACAACGGCAGCAUCGGAUCAAGGCGGCGCGGAGGGGGAGAAGCCUGCCGCCAAGGCCGCUGAGCCGACGCUAAUCACAGAGGCCAAGGCUGCCGAGCCCAGCAGCAAAGGCACCUGCGCAACCGUCUUGCAGCCUGGUGACAUAGGAGGUAACCAACCCGAGGAGGGGCCUCCAGCUGCCAAGACCGAACCUAGCAACAGCACCGCCAGGAUAUUACAAGCACCGACGCCUUCGUUAUCGUUAGUGCCUGACGACCUCGGUGAUGAGUAGCCAGCGCAGGUUUGUCUGGGGAAAUACCCAACCCGCCUGUACUGUGGGAGAAAACUGGCAUUUUGUAGCACGUGGUUCGAAGGCAGAGAGAUUUAACGAACGAAACAGCCAACUUGUUGAGGCCCUGUGUGCCUUGCACCCAGAGAAUGAAACCUUUAUGGAUGUGGAAAAGGUGAAACCACUGCUGGACUUAAUCUCAGGAGACUUUGUGGAAGUUUACUGUCCCACGGCAGUUUCUACAGAUUGAAAUCGCCCGAUCUGGAGAAGAAAAAUGGACUACGCAGAGCAUUUUGGAUAGACACGCUGGGCCUCUAACAGCAAUGCCUACUGUGAUGAUGGCAUUGAAGCUGGGAUUAACAUUUGGAGCAUCCAUGGUAACUUGCGAGAACUCCUUUUCAACAUUGAAAAACGUAUUCAGUGAGCACAGACUGAGCAUGUUGCACAGGAGGAAAGCGCAGCUGAUUCAACUGGCAUUUGAGAGGGAUCUUACAAGCAAAUUCCGUAGGGAGUGGAACGAAAGACUGCUGAGGAGGUUCAACACAGCAUCAAGGCGGCUGCAACUCUUUUGAAUCUGGGUAAGAACGGCAGCCUGGCUGGGCUUGUAUUAUUUUGUUAUUUGCUUUUGGAAAUGUGUGGCAAAUGUCAGAAAUGGGCGUAGACGUGAUUUUCUUUAUUGGCGUUGCUGCCAAGUCUACUGCUUGAUUUCUGUGAUGUCAUUGGAUUGGAAAUGUUUGGUUUAUAGGAUAAUCGGAUUGUUUUUAAUGUUUUAUAUGGUAGAAGAGGUGCUUUGCAUUACAUUGAUGAGGGUGGGCAGACCUUGACCAAUGGUUGAGUAACGAUGUAGCUAUAGUGUUGCCAUAAACAACUCGUUGCUAUGGAAUUCUAAUUUCUGUUAUCAUACGCAGCGUAGUACGGCACUCUUGUGGGAAGACAGCUUGGUAGCUGCAUUGUACCGAUAAGUCGUGGUAGUGCAUUGUACAUUAUUGUUUGCUUUCCGCGAUUGGAAAUGCAUUUUAUUGGCGUGGGGAAGUGUUAUUACGGUAAUUAGCAACUGUUUUGCAUUGCAUUGAUGGGUAUUGUGCAUGUAGCAUUGUCAUAACUUGCAAUUUCUCAAGCCGGUUAUGAAUUGUCCAUGUUUGUAAAGUGGUGCAGUAGCCUGUAUUCUUGCGGCAAGACAGCCAUGCGUGGCUGCAAAUACAUUGUUUGUAAUUGUACUAUCGAUUAUUAUCCAUCUGUGUUAUCAGCAAGCGAAAAUAGUUGUGCCCCCUUAGUCAUUUCUGAUGCCCCCUUGCCGAGUUAAUCCUGCCGCAGGGCCUGUGAAUGCCAAGCUUCAUGUCUGGAGGAAACAUGGCACCAUCUUUAUUGUGAAGCAUGGCAGUGGCAGCAUCGUGUUUUUUAGAGGCAGAGACUGGGAGACUAGUCUGGAUCGAGGGAAAGAUGAACGGAGCAAAGUACAGAGAUCCUUGAUGACAACCUGCUCCAGAGCGCUCAGGACCUCAGACUGAGGCGGAGGUUCACCUUCCAACAGGACAAUGACCCUAAGCCCACAGCCAAGACAACGCAGGAGUGGCUUUGGGACAAGUCUCCGAAUGUCCUUGAGUGGCCCAGCCAGAGCCCGGACUUGAACCUGAUCGAACAUUUCUUGAGAGACCUGAAAAUAGCUGCGCAGCGACGCUCCCCAUCCAACCUGACAAAGCUUGAGAGGAUCUGCAGAGAAGAAUGGGAGAAACUCCCCAAAUACAGGUGUGCCAAGCUUGUAGCGUCAUACCCAAGAAGACUCAAGGCUGUAAUUGCUGCCAAAGGUGCUUCAACAAAGUAAAGGGUCUAAAUACUUAUGUAAAUGUCAUAGUUCUGUUUUUUUUAAAUUAUAAAUCUGCAAAGAAAAUGUCUAAAAAAACUGUUUUUGCUUUGUCAUUUAGGGGUAUUUUGUGUAGAUUGAGGGGAAAAAAACGAUUUAAACCAUUUUAGAAUAAGGCUGUAACGUAUCAAAAUAUGGAAAAAAUCAAGGGGUAUGAAUACUUUCCGAAUGAACUGUAUAUCUACUGUACCCUAACCCUUGGUGUGUCUGUUCUGUCUCCAGGAGCGGAGGCUCCACAUGUACAUAGUGUACUGUCAGAACAAGCCUAAGUCAGAGCUCAUCGUAUCAGAGUACAUCGACACCUACUUUGAGGACCUGAAACAACGUCUAGGUCACCGUCUCCAGAUCACUGACCUCCUCAUCAAACCCGUCCAGAGAAUCAUGAAGUACCAACUACUGCUCAAGGUAGGGUGGGGGUGUGGGUGGGGGUGUGGGUGGGUCUCUGUGUUCUCAUCAUUGUCUUGUGAUCCUGUGUAGGAGAUAAAUAAUCACUGUACAAAUCAUGUUCUUAGUUGUCCAGCAGGGGGUGCAAAUCACUUACAUUUUCUUUGCUGUACCAGGGGGCCAGUAUCAAAUCAGUUUGUUACCUUACUCUGACAUUUUGUCUUAUCAUUUGGUAAUCAUUUUCUUUCACACAAGUCACCAUUUUGUAAUAUCUAAUUAACUUUGCCUCGUUUUGUUUGUAGGACUUCCUCAAAUUUUCUAAAAAGGCAGGGUUGGAUUCAGUGGAGUUGGAGGUGAGGAGGAGAGGACUUUCCAUAAAAAACAAAUAUUUUUUGACUAUUGUAUUUCCUUAACUGUUUUUUUUUUAACCCAUUCGAUGUGUGUGUGUCCCCUUCAGAAAGGAGUUGAGAUCAUGUGCAUCGUACCAAAGAGAUGCAACGAUAUGAUGAACGUGGGGCGGCUCCAAGGAUUUGACGUAAGACAACCCUGACAGAGAAUAGAUAUUUACAUAUAAAAACGGAUCAAUUGAUUGUCAGAUCAAUCAACUGAACCAAUUGAUCAACUCGUCUGAUUUUCUUUCCUCCUUCCUCCUCUGCCCCACUUAUCUCUUCCUUUAUUCAUCUCUCUUUCAACAUUUUGCUCUUCACUUUUUUCCCCUUCUAUUUCUUUUUUUCUCUCCUCCCCCCUCCAGGGUAAGAUUGUGGCCCAAGGUCGUCUGCUGCUUCAGGACACCUUCAUGGUAUCAGACCCUGAGGGGGGAGUAGGGAGGAUGAGGGAGAGAAGGGUCUUCCUCUUCGAACAGAUCGUCAUCUUCAGUGAACCACUGGACAAGAAGAGAGGUUUCUCCAUGCCUGGCUUCGUAUACAAGAACAGCAUCAAGGUAUUGUCUCUACAUCGUAUGAUGGAAAUGUGUAUAAACUUCCAAAACACCCAGACAACUCACAUUUUGUAUGCAUCAAAGGACAAUAUAAGUUGUAAGCUCUGUAUUCAUUUACUCCUUAUUUGCUAAAUAAAGGUGUGUUGAGCAACUCUCUCUCUCUCUCUCUCUCUCUCUCUCUCUCCCUCCCUCCAGGUCAGUUGUCUCGGGUUGGAGGACAGUGUGGACGGUGACCCCUGUAAGUUUGUGUUGACGUCUCGGGUGACCAAUAGCAGCAUAGAAUCCUUCGUCCUUCACUCCUCCCAUCUGGGUGUCCGGCAGGUCUGGACCCUUCAGAUCAGCCAGAUACUGGAGAGUCAACGCAACUUCCUCAAUGGUACACACACACACACACACCUUUAGCUGAGCUUUUUCAACAGUACACAGAUAUACCGUCACGAUUUUGGAAUGUUGAGGUGAGUGAUGUUACCAAAAUAAGUGUAAUAUUUUUGUCAAUCUCUCUGCCUCACUUUCUCACUCUAUCUCUCUCUCCAGCUCUGACCUCCCCUACAGAGUACCAGAGGAACCAUGUAGGGGCUAGCGACGGACCAUGUCUACCCAGCGGCGGAGCUCCGUCAAUGGGGAGCGUCAUGCCCAGUUUGGCCCCUGUUGGAGCUCUACAGGGUGUGCAUCUAUCUGGGCCGCUCGGUGGAAGUGUGCCCCUCGGUGUAGGUAGUCCCCUCGUUGGAGGUGGUCCCCAGGGUGGAGCUGGCUCAUCCAGGAGGCCCUCCAGGAUCCCCCAGCCCUCCCGCCUGCCCCAGCCCCUACGACACCCACACAACCCUGGGGCCACAGACCCAGAUGGCCCCAACAAGAUGUCAGGUAGGCUGAGGCUCUCCCAGUAUUACUGAGGGUGUGUGUGUGUGUGUGUGUGUGUGUGUGUGUGUGUGUGUGUGUGUGUGUGUGUGUGUGUGUGUGUUGAAAUUCCCUGGUUAAGACAUUUCCCUCCCUCUACUCAGUGUUGCUCACUUCUGAUUCAGGUUCCUCCCCUCGUCUCCCCCCACCUCCCUCGCUCCCUCCCUCCAUCUCAGUGGACCCGCAGGCCCAGCGCGGGGUGAGGGUCCAGGGGGGAAGCCCCCAGGGCAAGCGCCCCAUCUUGGCCUCAAACGACCAGCCCCCUUCCAUACCCACUAUCCCCCGGGCCAGUGUGGCCCCCCUCCCUGUGCCUCUCUCCACCCCCACUAAGCCUCGGCCGGGCACCGUCUCCCCCAUGGCCUCCCCCAUGGCCACCCCCGCCUUUGGGAAGGAUGCGCUCCCCCCUCCCCCUCCCAGCCCUGGCCUGAAGUCUGGCUCUGGAUCCUUCUGGAGCUCCAUGCCUGGUUCUCCAGCCAGCCGGCCCGGCUCCUUCACCUUCCCAGGGGAGCCAGGGGAUACCCUGGGGAGGCAGAACCAAAACACGGCCCAGACCUCAUCUCAGUCAGGGACCGGGUCCCACAGACACUCCAACCACAGCAAGGAGGCGGACCGCAUGAGUACGUGCUCAUCGACCAGUGAGCAGUCCAUCCAGUCCACCCAGAGCAAUGGGGUAAGAGAUGUACCCGCUGCCCAGGCUUCAGGGCGGCCUAGUCCUGCUAGUGCUCCUGGUUGACUAACCCAGCACCCACAGGAGACAUGUCCUGUCCUGUCCUGUCCUGUCUGCCUGUGUCCUGCUGCGUCCCACUGGAGCUGGCUCUACUAAACUGUUCUACUACUAUUCUACAACUAGUAUUACUCUACUACUACGACAACUACUACUAAUUGUUGGACUCCUGCGCACUUCUUGUAUGUCUCUAAAGAAUUGACGACCCUAUUAAACUACUCUUCAACGCACAGCUCUAACCAAGCUUUAACUGCACUUCAAGUAGUACUCUACUAAUACUACUCUGCUACUAGUAGUACUCUACUAAUACUAAUCUGCUACUAGUAGUACUCUACUACUACUACGCAUCUCAUGUAUGUCUUAACAACGCUUCACUGAUUUGUAAGCUCUAAGGACAACUCUACUAAACUCUCCUGGAGACUUUCUACUCUUUAUAGCUAACAAGGCUUUUAUAAAGCUUCAACCUUUAACAACAACUCUCAUUUCUGCUAUUUUUAACUCUGACAAAGCUUCUUUCAGCUUGAAUACUUCUCGCUAACUCUUCUUGUCUUUGCGUCGGAGCGAAAGAGCAAUGACGACUGAAACUGAAAGUAAUCCUUCCUUUAACACCUGAGUGUGUACAUCUCUCUUCCUCUUCACUCCACCUGAUUCACUCGUUCUCUGAAGAAGUAGUGGUGCCAAUCCCUUUUCUUUGUCUCAUUGAGGUGUAUGAACUUUACUGGAAGCAGUGUGUGAAACUAGAAAAUGGAUGGCUAACAACAACACUCACAUGACUGAACCACUGAUUACCUAAAGUGCUUGAAUCAAAUAGUAAUUCUCUUUUUCCUCUUUCCUCUACCUAAACAGCGGAGUGUGUGAGGUGUGUCUGUGUCUGGGCAAUGCCAUGGUAACCGAUUGAUGCUGAGAUUUUUCACUUUAAAAUUUAUGUCAAACAAAAACCAAUGAUUGCAAAGUUAAACAAACCAUAUAACUCUAUGCACAAGCACUACUUUUAACAAUUUCCAAGGAUUUUUUUUACAAAAACACAUUAACUUGAAGAACAGUGCAGAUGCAAAGUAUUUUCUAUAUUUUUUACAUACAUUCUAAAGUGAAAAUUCUGAGUUUCAGCAUCACUCUGUUACCAUGGAAUUGCCCUUGUGUUGUUUGGGACGCAAUGAUAGAAUCAGAUGAUGUGCAUGGAAUCGUGGAGGAUUGACUGUGUAUGUGUGAGGUGAGUUUCUUGCAAGUUAUUCAAUAUACUUACAAAUCUUCCAUAAUUCCCCACCCCCAUCUCCACAGAGUGAAAGCAGCAGCAGCAGUAGUAUGUCGACCAUGUUGGUGACCCAGGACUACGUGGCCCUUAAGGAGGAUGAGAUCAGUGUGUCCCAGGGAGAGGUGGUUCAGAUCCUGGCCUCUAACCAACAGAACAUGUUCCUGGUGUUCCGGGCCGCUACCGAACAGGGCCCCGCUGCCGAGGGCUGGAUCCCCGGUUACGUUCUAGGACACACCUCCACCAUCAUCCCCGACUACCCAGACGGAACCAUCAAGUAAGAGACUGUGGCGAAUGUACAGUAUACAGGGAAAGAUUUUAGUGUGACACCACAAGAUAUUGUUAGCCUAAAACUAUGUGUGAUAUAAUGAGAUAUGUUAUUGAUUAGUAUUAAAUCAUACUGUAUAUCAUAUACCUUUCAACUGACCCUAUUUGUGUAAACAGGAAGUCCUCAUCCUGGCACACCACCCUGCGCAUCCGCAAGAAGUCUGAGAGGAAAGAAGAGGGAAAGAAAGAGGGCAAGCUGGAAAACGGUUACAGGAAGUCUAGAGAUGGGCUAGCCAAUAAGGUUUCUGUAAAGGUAAGUUAUCAUCAAUCCUUUUGUCCAAUCAUUAUUGACCACUAGCCCCUACCCGUAAUGCCUAGGUACAUGUGUAGAAUUGAGAGGAUCGGAUAGGUGUAAGCAAUAUGGUGAAAUUCCACUUAGCCUAUCAGAGAGCUAGGUGGUGCCAAUGUUACUGCAUUGCUAGUAACCAACCAAUGGGAACCAGCAUUGCCCCCUCCCCCUUCAAUCAUUUCAGAUCUACACAAAGCUUUCUUCUUUGACGUCUGACAUCCUGUUUUCUGUCUUGUUUUUUCAGCUUCUAAACCCCAACUACAUCUAUGAUUGUAAGUCCUCUAUUGUCUUUUAAUGUGUAGUCUCAAUUAAGAUAAUCUCAAUACAGCAGAAUGGAUGUACAUAUAUUCAGCAGUGUAUUGACUGUGUCCAAGACACUUAGGAACAAUAAAGUUAAUUGUACUGUAUCAAAGAACGAUGAAAGAUCACCACCAACAAUCUACAGAUGCUGAACAGAAACAUUAUUUUAACUUGAAAAGGCAAAAAAAUAAUCUAAGUACAUGAUAUUUUCUCACUAUGACACACACCCUAUAGCCCUCUCAGCUGCUCAGUGACGAUGUCAUUUGACCUUUGACCCUUAGUCUCACCGGAGUUCCUGGUCCCCCUGAGCGAGGUGACGUGUGACAACGGGGAGAGUGUGACUCUGAGGUGUAAG